AAAAAAAAAAGAAGAAGAAACGGCCGCUCUAUCUCUUAUCUCUGCGUCUCGAUGGUGAGCCGGAGGACUCGGGACCAGGUGGUGUGAAGCUGGCUUUUUCUCCCCACGUGUUGUGCAUCCCGUUUCCCAGGAUUGUCACUCGGUUCUGGUUACUGCUCGCUAGGAUACCUCCCAGCCGCACGGCCCAGCACCAUCCAGGUACAUCGCCAAAUCUGCACAUAGGUUACAUCCCCUGUGAGGGCCUUCACAUACAAUGCAAUAUGUGUGUAUUAUUACCCGCACACAUUAGCAGGCGGUCAGACUUGUCUUAUUGUGAUACAUGAGGGUGGGCACAGAUACACCCAGAUAUACUGAGCAGGGACAGACCUCCAGCUGUGGGACAUCUCCAAUGCCUAUAGUUAUCUUGUUAGGGUUGGCAAAGCUUCAUGUGAGUUGUAGUUCUGCAACAGGUAUAGUGACACUUCAUAAAUAAUGCUAAAAUAUAUACAUACAGUAUAUCUUUAUGCCAACAUAUUUUCCAGAGCAGUAUGCACUGAGUAAAAGUAACUUAAAUGACGUGCAGUAGCCAUACAUAUUCACACAGAAUUGUAAAGUUCUAAAAUCUUUAUUGUUAUUAUUAGCAUUUAUAUAACAUCUAUUUUGCAGCACUUUACAAUAUUAUAAAAGGGGAAAUUUUAACAAUAAACUAGACAAUUAGAAAAUGGUUAGACAAGCCCAUCUGCAUGCAUAUAACAAUAUAACACUCCUUACUGCCUAGAUAACAUCACAACAAAAAUGUGAUAGGCUAUAUUGACAGGAAUUUAAAAAGGAGAAAAAUGACACUUGGUCCCUCGGUUCAUUUUAAGGCAUGUAGAAUACAAGGGGUGCCUCAGUACUUAUAUGACCCAUUGUAGAGCACUAUGGAAUUUGCUGGCGCUAUAUAAAUAAUAAUGAGUAUCAGAAAACAAACAGAUCUGUAAAAAGCAUAUAUCUGUAUUCCUAAAGCAUGUUUUGCAUAAUCUGUCAAAUAUAGCAACAGUAGAUGUGGGUGUAUGCUUGAUUAAAAUAUGGAACCGUAUAACACACAUUACUACCUGUAAUAUAUCACAUCUAUAAAGGGGGGCCCCGUGUGGUCUGUUAUACUGACGGGAAAUUUUACUUUAAAAAUUACACUGUCUCUGCCAAUUUGUAAGACAUAUAGAAUACUAAAAGCAUUAUUGCACACAAUUGUACAAUGAAUAUCUAUCUAUGUAUAUCUAAAAAAAAAUGUAAAAAAACAGAUUGCUGUAAUCCUAAAGCUUGUUAUGGGGGUGAAUACCUGACCCACUAUCAAGUAUAGAAAUAGUAGAUGAGAAUAAAUGCUUGACCUGAGCCCAAAGAAAAGGUAGGAAUAGGAAAGAGGAAGAGAGAGAAUAGGAAAGGGAGUAAACUGGAAAAUUAUUGUUAAUAAGAGAAAGUCUACUUUGUCUUAAUAUAUAUUAUGAUGACGGCUGCAUAACUUGACAGUAUAAUAGUUAGCGUAGAUGCAAGUUGUACUGAAGUAGAAGUGAAGCAGAGGUAAGUAAGAGAACAGAAGUAGAGAAAUAGAAAAUAACCAUUGCAAAACCCUCUGGGUAGCUAAAAAAACACGAGAUACUUAACCCCUUAAGGACACAUGACAUGUGACAUGUCAUGAUUCCCUUUUAUUCAAGAAGUUUGGUCCUUAAGGGGUUAAGGUUUGAGUGGCAGAGGGACCCUAUCCAUUCACAAUUCUCACAACUGGACCCCAUCUGCACCACAAAUAAAAAAAGCACAUAUGAUUUCUAAUUGCAUUUCGCAUAAAGUAGGCGAGCAUUAAAAUAUGAUAAGAACUUGAGCUCAUAAUCCAGCAGGCUACCGAGCCUCAGGGCAACGGGCACAGUCCAGACAUGACCUGCACUCUCCCCACCCCCAGCAGAGGCAAAAAAACCUUAUAGCUUUGGGAUCGACAGUCUUUCCCAGAUCCCCCGGCUGCCCUUCAGGCCCAGCAUUGACCACAGGGCAGAACAAGGGCGGCUGCCCAGCCCUUUCUGUGUUUAAAGCAUUGGUUAACUCAUGGGUCAUCAACCUGGUCCCUACCGACCACUAGUGGGCAUUUCAGGAUUCCAGGUGGGCGGUAGGGAUUUCGGCGGCUAAAUCCUCCUUUUGAGAGGGUGGGCGGGUGCGAGUGCACAAAUGAAAGUAUGAACACGCGCGAGAAUGCGUGCACGCGAACAAGUAACCACGUGCAUGCGCGCAAACAUGUAACACGUGGGAGCUGAUGCACAAUAGCAGGGACAGGCAGAAGCGGAGCAGAGCAGCUGUAAAAUAGGAGAAAGAAAAGUUAUAGACAGGGCAAGGAGAGAAUUGUUUUUGGCUAAUAAUAACAAGUGGGCUAACUAGCUCAGCCUUUUGUACAUUGCCGUAAGGAAGGUAAAAGAAAAGCAUAAAAAAGGAGAUAAAAAGGAAAAGAUACAAAAAAAUUUUUUUAGAAAAAAAGAGGAUAAAAUAAAGGAGGAGAGUACUUGUAACAAAAAAGGAGAAAGAACUUGUAGAAUAGAUAAAAAGGUAAAGAACUUGUAGAAUAGAUAAAAAGGUAAAGAACUUGUAGAAUAGAUAAAAAGGUAAAGAACUUGUAGAAUAGAUAAAAAGGUAAAGAACUUGUAGAAUAGAAAAAAAGGUAAAGAACUUGUACAAUAGAAAAAAUAUAAAAAGGAAAAGGAGAGAAUUGUUGUUGGCUAAUAAUAGUAAGUGGGCUACCUAGCUCAGCCUGCUGGGCAUUGCUAUAAGGAAGGUAAAAAAUAGAAAAAGGGGGAGGGAAUUGAGGAAGGAGAGGAGGGGAGCUGAUGCACAGGUGAGAAAUCAUAUUAUGCGCAAACAGAGAAGUCGUCUGAAUAUCGCCGAAAGAGACCUGCGUUUGUUCCUUACGAAAAUCGAACCAGAUAUCAAAUAUUUAGUCUCGCAGCAUCAACCUCAAGGAUAUCAUUAAUCACUAGUAAAGGUAAUUUCAAUUUACUUUAUUGCUUUCUCAUUAAACUUUAUAACGUUAAAAACAUGCAUAAAGUAGAAAAAAAAAGAUAAAUGUACGUACAUUUAUUUUUUUAAAACACCCUCCUUUCUAAAAAAAAAUUCUGGACUGGUGGGCGGUAAGGACAUUUUUUCAUCAACAAAGAUGCAUUAGUGGGCAGUAGGUAGAAAAAGGUUGACUACCCCUGGGUUAACUGGUGUAGUUCACAUCCUGCACAUCAGCUCAGUCCAGGCAUGCUCUGUUAUGUGGUAUACAAACUCGGUGAGCCGUCUGUGAUAUCUCAUUGUUAUCGAGGCCUCCAGAUUCUGCAGUGUGCUAAUGGCAGGGUAGGCCUCAAUCUUGCCCAUUCUUGCAGCAAUUCAAAAUAUAUAUCGCAUACUGGGGGCUUGAGGGCUUACACCCAAUAAUAUUGUGUAGUGUCUGUCCAAACUGGCCCUCGAUAGUGACAGAUUGUAUGCUCUCGGGCCAGAUGGCAUCCAUGCAGCAUGACAGCCAGGCCCUGCCCCCUCAUAUUUAAGACUUUAUAAAAAAUGUAAGAACCAGAGAACAUCAAGGCAUAGACCAUCAUUUGGUCCUUUACAGGUUACUUUAUGCCUUCAAACAUACAAAAAUAAUACAUCUUACACAUUCUGAAGUGUAUCUUGGUAAGGAUAUUAUACAGGCAUUUGUUAAUACAUGACUCCAGUCCCUUCCACUCCACUCAAGAAUGUAAAAGCAAGGCCAUUUACUUAUAAAAAGGCUUGGGAGAGUAUGAGUCUUGUUAUACGUUAAAGGGAACCUGUCAUCAAAUAAUCAACUGUAGCUCUUUUUAAAGGUCUUCCUAGCAAAUGUAUAGAUUUGAAGAAAAAAAAAAAGAAAAAAAAACUUUUCAAAUAUUUUUUCUCUCUCCCAUCUAUCUCUCAAUUCCUCAGCAGAUACUCAAUGUCAGAGAUAAGGAUUGCAGGAAAGACCUCCUACAGGACGUCCCUCUACUCUCCACCCAUAGCAACCAAAGCAUAUUAAUUUUGGUUGCUAUGGUAACUCCCAAGCUGGCAAUUAGGGAGUAAAGGAACAGAGUAACGUGAUGUCACUCCCUUCAGACGCCAACACUCUGGCAAGGAAGCUAGCAUGUUGUCAUCAUGAUGGAUGUUUUUUUUUUUCAAUUUCUUUAUUAUAGCAAUACAAAAUUAUACAAAUAAAGACAUACAUCAUACAUUCCCAUGCAUUAUAAAAAAACCAAUAAAAUAAUCCAAUCUUUAAAUCACAUGUACCCACUUUGCCGUCCCCAAGGUCAAGAUUCAGUAAAGAAUUAUUUAAUUUCAUUCUAGGUUCAUUAUUUGAAAUGUAAAUUUAGUUUUAAUUUAAGUAGAUUUUAUUUUCCACCAAAGAUUCCAAUUUAAAGAAUAUUCACUAUACUUAUUCAUUGCUUAAAAGUAUACAUUUUCCAUCAUUGUUUUUUUUUUUUUAAUUCUUUAUUUUCUGUGCAUUGAGAAAUGUAACAAAGAAUAACAUACUUGAGCUGCCUUUUCAACAUAGGCAGAUUAGUAAAUAACAAUUGUUUUGCCAAGGGUCUAGAUCAGUCUAUACGUUUUACACUUAUAACAUAUCAGGAGCAUAGGAUUGGCAGCAAGUAUAUAGCAUGAGUCUUUUUGUUCUACGGUCGGAGGAAUUUAGCUUGCGUCCUAGUAGUCAGGAAGAACUUGUGGUCAUGUUUCUGCACUUUUUCUGGUUUUCUAGUGUCGAGUGUGCCCAUGCGGUAGGUUCCCAUAGGGUGAACUGGUUGUGAAUGUUUGUGUCUAUGUUGCUUGGGUCCUGUGAGUGGUUAAGUGGCACUCCUCUCUGUUAUUUGAGGGGGGGUGUUGAUAAUUGUAACGUGCUGUUGCUCGUCCUCGGUGAAAAUUGUAUAUGUGCGUCUGUCUGUGCCUGAGUGUGGGUUUUGUGUCGCGUUUGCUAUGCUUGGGUUAGUAGGUAAUGUUGGCCCUUAACCUAAGAGGGUCGCGGGGGUUGGGAGAUCGUCUCCGACUUUGUAUGGGGAGUUAAUAGUGAGAUGUCGUGUUUUCGUGGAGCAAUAGGGUGAAAUCAUAGAAGAGGGGAGAAUAUCAGAGCAUGGAAAUAAAAUUAAGAGGUAAACAGUUUAAGGUGUUCAGGUCUCCGUCUCCGGUCUCUUGUUGCCCCUAGGGACAUAUGGUACUAUUCUGUCCGGGUCCCAGGAGUGGGUAGCUUGUGUUUGUCCCGGUGUUGGGGCGUUCUGAGUUAGUCCCAAUUUUUGGAGAAGCGCUGGGGCCUCCGAGAGUGAGGUGAGUUUUAGAACUUCUUCUCCGCUGAAUACCGCCAGAGUUCUUGGCAGCAGCCAUCUGUAUUCUACGUUCCCCUUCUGCAGUUGUUCCGUUAUGUUGCUCAAGGACUUUCUCCAGAGUAGGGUGCUCCGCGUGAUAUCUUGGAAGAAGGUAAGUUGUGAGGCUUCGAAGGCCAAGGGUGUCUUGUCUCUUACUGCUGCUAGUAUGCGGCGUUUGUCUGUCAUGGAAUGGCAGCGGACGAUGACGUCCCUUGGGGCCGUUGUGGGUGCCCUUUUUGCUUUGUUAAUGCGGAAGUGGCUGUCAAAUUCCAGCUUUUUGGCUUGUGUAUGUGGCAGUAUUGUGGCCGUGAGUCUCCUCAGGAACUGUGGUAAUUCGGAUGGUCCCACUGCAUCAGGAAUACCCCGAAUCUUAAUAUGUGUGCGCCUGUUGCGAUCUUCCAUGGCGUCUAGCGUGUUUUGGAGCGCUGAGUUCGCUGUCUGUAAAUGUUUCAGGGCGUCCCCCAUGCUUUUCACCUCCUGUCGGAGGUCUAGUAUGUCUUCUUCAGAGGCCUGUACUCUUGCCGUCACCGCCUGCGUUUCUGUGCGGAUUAAGUUUAUGUCAGUGUCAAACAGCCCCUUCAUCUCCUGUAAUAGGAGUCUGAUGUCCCUUUUAGUGGCUGGGGCUGAGUCAUCCCCCUCUGCUUGUGGGUUGCUGGGAGCUUCAGCUCUCAUGUCACUGCUGCUUCCCUGGGACAGCUGUGCUGAAUGUGUGGGGCUAGGUUCCUGUUCUUGUUCGGCCGCCAUUUUGUGGCCUGCUGUGCGUUGCAGCAGAGUCCCAAUAUCUUGGGAGUCCCUGGGUGCUGCCUGUUGUGGCUUCUGUGUUCUCCUCCCCAUAUCGUUGUCGGGUGAGUAGUGACCUGCCCGCUGUCCGCACCAGUCCUCCAGGCUCAGGGGGAUCCCCGCGGGUAGCUGCGAUGCCGGCGGGAGAGUGAGGUAGGCCCGGGAUUUGCGGACUCGUUUUUUGCCCGUUUGUGGGCUUAAAAGGGGCAUCGGUAGGUAGCCCUGUGAGUCCUGGGAUCGUGACUGUGGGUCCCACGGGUCGAUGGCCCCCCCUACCUGAGAUUCGCGGUAGAUUGUGUCUCGGUGCCGGGGAGCCGUGGAUGAUGGCGUCCAUUCGGCUCCGUGGUUAGGCUCCGCCCCCCUCCAUCAUUGUUUGAUUGUUUAAUUCUAAUUUUCUUACUCUCCCACCAAAUAUGUGAGAGAGUACCCAGAUCUUUUUUCGCAUCACCAACAAAGUGAAGAUUCAGAAGAAGCAAAUUUAGUUAAUAUUUGGGCAACCAAAUAUCACUUAUUCAAAAUCUCAAAAUAAAGUUCAUGCGUAUUCAAACAGUGAGUAACCUUACUUAUUUCGUACCAACUCUCUGUCAAAAAUUGCUCUAUCUACCUUAAUACCCAAUUCCUUUUGCCAACUAUUCAAAUAAUCUGGACCAAAAGGGUGAUCCAACAAGUGAAGCAAAUUAUACUAUUUAUUGUAAAGACGCCCUUCCCCAUUUUGCCAAGAAAGAUCUUGUUAAUAUGUUCUACCAAUGUGGAGUUUUCAAAUAUAAGGCCAUGAUAUUUAUCAUAGCUCAUUUUAUAUUUGGGUGGGAGUUCUCAAUUUCCAAUUUAAAUAUAGGCUAGAGUAUCUGUAAAGUUUUUCUGUGUUUAAAGCAUUGGUUAGCUGGUGUAGUUCACAUCCUGCACAUCAGCUCAGUCCAGGCAUGCUCUAUUAUGUGGUAUACAAACUCUGUGAGCCGUCUCAGUGAUAUGUCAUUGUUAUCAAAGCCCUCAGAUUAGUUUCCUCAGUGGACUAAUCCUUAACCCCUUAAGGACACAUGACAUGUGUGACAUGUCAUGAUUCCCUUUUAUUCCAGGAGUUUGGUCCGUAAGGGGUUAGCUCAAUGAAGUGGUCUGGGUGCCAGGUCCCUCUAGUUUUAACCCUGCAGCUCUAAACAUAGCAGUUUCAGAGAAACUUCUAUGUUUACACUGAGGGUUAAUCCAUCCUCUAGUGGCUGUCUCAUUGAAAGCCACAAGAGGCCGCUUCCACGAAUCUCACUGUGAAAAUCACAGUAAGAAGACGCUGGCAUCCAUAAGAAAGCAUUGAGUAAUUCUUUCCUAUGGACUGUUUGAAUGCAUGCGCGUCUUUUGCCGCGCAUUUGGCGCUGACGUCGGCAGGAGGAGGAGAGUCGUCCAGCGCCAAGGGUGCUGUUGAAAGGUUCGGCCCAGCGGGUGGGGGGAACCUAGUGUUUGUUUUCCUGGCACUAUAGUGGUCCUUUAAGUAUUUGGGGCGGGAGUUGUCAAUUUCCAGUUUUUUAGUUUUUGUAUUUUUUUUAAUCUCACAUUUAGAUAGGAUCGUAUCAUAUCAUUGAUAUUCUGCUCAACGACUUCAGUCGGUGUGUACCUUGGAAUCAUAGAAUAAAUUUUAGGUUUCCUUCUGAAAUCAAUCCAUACUCUCAAUAUUUCUUUCAAGACUAAAGAUUUAAAAGGACACUAUAGGCACGAAAACAAUAUUUGUCUAAUAACGUAGUUUUGGUGUAUAGAUCAAACAUUGCUUAAUUCUCUUACAUUUUGGAGUUAUAUCACUUUGUUUACAGCUCUAGUCCUGCGUGUGACUUACACAGCCUUCCUAAACACUUCCUGUAAAGAGAGAUCUAAUGUGUAAACUUUUUUUUUUUUUUUUUAAAGCUUUAUUUUUGCCUCACUCCACUAGUGAGUAUGUAACAAAUAGUAGGUUCACAAAAAUACAAUAAAUCAAGUAUGCCAUUCAGACAUUGUGUGUGAGUAGGGAGUGGAGGGAGGGUUUUUAUGGUUAGGGCUUGCUGGACCUAAUUGGUAAUGUACAAAAGAGGUGUGAAACCUUAUACAAGGUAGCCCGUUCCCACACUGUAACCAGUGCAUGUUUGUAUCUAACAGUAGAGUGUGGGGUGGGGGGGGUCUUCUCAGGUGUUAUUCACCCUGGGGAUGGGUAUAUCUGGGUAACGUCCAGGUCUGGGUAUGUUAGCUCCCCUUGAGUUAAACAGCGUGUUCGCAGAGGGUGGGAGAGGAGAACAGAGAUAUAAUGGGAGCACAGCAACUGAGAGAAAGGAAAAUAGAACUAAUAAAAAUAAAAUACCAAAAUUAUGAAACUGUCGGUGGUUAACUUUAAGGCUAGUUCGUGUGGUCUCAUAUAGUCCUUCUGGCUUGUUGGAGAUACCUCCAGCAGGAGGACCGUGUGUAUCGGGUCAGUCAGGUAACCGGUGUUGUAGACUGGUGUCCCAGGGUUAACCGAGGCUUGAAAGCUAGGAUCUUGGAUGGAUCUAUGUUCUGAAAAUGAGAAGUGGAGGCAUCCUGUUCAGGUAGUAUCUGCAAGCUGUGCAUGCUGGCCUCUAGUUCUUGUGGGCUCUUAGCUCUGUAGGUGCUUUUUUUGGUGGGUGAGUAUGAGUAGCCGGGGGUUCCCCAGCGGUAUGCCACGUCUUGGGUUCGUAAGAUUUGUAGCAGAGGCUCCAUGGACCUACACCAGUGUAGUGUCACUUUCAUUAGGUCAGGGAACAGUAGUAGAGAUGAGCCCUGAAAUUGGAUUGGGGUUUUCCCCCUUACCACUGAUAAGAUUGAAAAACAAGGGCGAUGAAGCGAGAGAAAGAGCUGGGGAGACGACGUUGCACGAUGUGCGCUCGUCCGAAGUUCAUAUUCCCGUAAGCAGGCCACCGGACAUAGGGCUGGAGUACCCGGGAAGCUCAGAUAAGAAACCGAUCGAAUAGAGGUCUUGGUGCGUCUGGCGAUGUUAAACAUCACCCCGUCCGAAGUGAAAGACCUAGCAUCAUAGUCCAGGGCAUGAACAUCCGAUACCUGUUUGCAUGAAAUGAGACAGAACAGGGAGACCAACUUGGCCGACAGGUGUCUUAGGGAGAGCUCCGCAUUAUGCGGCCAGGAGGAGAACAGAGACAAAACGCCGGAAAUGUCCCAAGUAGUGGAGUAACGAGGUCUAGGGGGGACGCGACAGGCGUGAGCCCGUAAGUAAGCGGCCGUCAAAUCCUUGGUGAGCCGAGGAGAUGGCCAAUCUGUACAAAUUAAUCGUGCGAUAUGCCAGACCAGCUUCAAAUAAUGAAGUCAGGAAUAGAAGGAUCGCGGUCACAGGUGCUGAAACGGGAUCCAAGUUCCGAGCCAGGCACCAGCCAGUCCAAGCGGUCCCAUAUGCUUGUCUAGUCCCGGGAGCCCAUUCGUCAGCCAGGAGGCGUCGAAAUUCUCCAUGCGAGCAGCAGUAACUACCCGUCCGCUAGGAGGGGAUGCUGAAGGCCCGAUGGGUCCAGGAGGAGGUUCGGUAGAAACGGCAGCAGUCUGGGUACGUCUACCGCCAGUUCCAGGAGUUGUGGGAACCAGGAUUGGGUCCGCCAGAAUGGGGUUAGUUGGAUAAGGUCAGCCAUUUGGCGGCGAACAUGGAGCAGGACCUGAGGGAUCAUGGCAAACGGGAAAGGCGUAGAGGAGUGAGCCGGUCCAGUCUUGUAGGAAGGCAUUCACUGCCUCCGUGGUUGGAUCCGGGUGCCAGCUGUAGAAUCUGGGCAAUUGGGCAUUGAGCCUGGAAGCGAAGAGGUCGAUGGCAAAAGGACCCGAUAUAGCGGAGAAUACGCCCACAUCCAAUUUCCAAUCGCUGUUAUCCGACAGCAUAAACUCCAGUCUGCGUGAGUGUUGUGGAGUCCGGGAAGGUAUUCAGCCUGGACCACCAGGUUCCUGUCCAAGCAAUAGGCCCAAAAAUCUUUUGCCAAGCAGGCCAGGAUUGCCGAUUGAGUGCCACCCAUGUGGUUUACUUAGCGGACCGCUGAGAUGUUGUCUAUGCGCAGCUGUUGCAAUGGGCACCCCAGCCGUGGAGACUUGCGUCUGUCUACUGUGAACUCUGGUUGAGAGCCGAAGAUGGCCUUGCCAUUCCAAGCCGAGAGGUUGUGGAUCCACCAGGUCAAUUCGUCCCAAGCCUCAGAGUCCAGGGAGAUCAUGUCCGCAUAGGACGCCCCGCUGCGAAGGUGUGCGAUCUUCAGGCCCUGGAGGGCGCGGUAGUUAAGUGGGGCUUUAACACCACUUGGAUUGAUGCUGCCAGAAGGGCAAUGAUCCGUGCCAGGUGGCGCAGAGAUAGCUGGGUGCCCGUUAGAGCGCAGCACAGUUCCUUGCAGAUUGUCCGUAUCUUGGUCGUAGGGAGACUGAGUGACUCCGCUUCGGAAUCUACCGUGAAGCCUAGGAAUUCCAUGCGCUGUGAAGGAGAUAGGCAGGAUUUUUCCCAGUUGAGGAGAAAACCCAGGUGGGAGAGGAGGUCCAUCGUCCAUUGAAGGACUGAACGAUCCUGUGCCAUGAUGAGGAACGUCGUCCAGGUAGACGAUUAGCCGGACUCCCCAACAGCGCAGCCAAGCCAUGGCGGGGCGCAUCAGUUUUCGUGAAGCACCAAGGGGCUGACAACAGUCCGAAAGGGAGGCACGUGAAGCGCCUGGUGUCUCCUUUCCAGAGGAAACUUAACAGGUCCCUGGAUGACUCUGCCACUGGGACCGUCAAGUAGGCAUCCUUUAAAUCCAACUUUGCCAUCCAGUCUCCCUGAAGGAGUAAGUCUCUCAGGAGGUGGAUGCCCUCCAUUUGGAAGUGACGAAAGCACACCAGGGUGUUUAGGGCACAGAGGUUGAUAACUGGGCGCAUUUGUCCGCCUUUCUUUUCCACUAGGAAAAUGUUGCUGAUCACCCUUGUGGAGGACACCGGGGCUAGCUCUAUCGCCCCUUUUGCAUGGAGGGCCGUUAGUUCUGCGUCUAUCAAGGUGCAGUCGGUUGUUGAAAGCAAAAUAGGGUCAGGUGGGGGAAUGUGACACGGAGUGUCGACCAGUUCGAUGUGAAUCCCCCGAACUGUGGUCAGAACCCAGACAUCUGAAGUGAUGGCUGACCACGUGUGGAAAAAAUGACGGAGUCUGCCCCCUACACACAUAUUGGAAGAAACAUGAAGAAGAUUUAAGCUUACUGUAAGGGCGUCUGGAACCGGGGUUUCCUCUAAAGCCUCUGGAACGCCAUGGUCUUCCCCAAGUCUCCUGGUAGGGUGUUCUCUGAGUGUAGGAGCCUCGUCCCGAUCCACGAGCAUGGUAAUUGGAACGGCCGGACAGAGGACCCCUGAAUCUGCCGGCCCUGGUAGAGACCCGCCCAAGAAACACCCUCUUCAUGGAGGAUUGGGCAUUAUCUAGGGCUGUAAAGGCACCCACAAAGCGUUCCGGGUCCUUUAAUAAUGGAGUCCCCAAAUAAAAGGCCCUGGGCAUCCUUGCCCGCCUCUGUGAGGGCGAGGUUGGCCAGUUUGGGUUCAAUCUUGAACAGAAUGGCUUUACACCUUUCAAUGGACAGGGAAGUGUUUACGCUGCCCGCAAUGCAUAUAGUCCUCUGCACCCAGCCACGGAGUUUCUCCAGGUCAACUUGUCGGCUCUCUGGCAAUUUCAGCCAGGUCAGACUGUUUAAAUUCUGAAUCUAGACCCUUGCGGGGAUUCCAACCCAUGUUGGAGAGGAAUUGGGUCAUCUUUGGGUCCACUACAGGGGUCUCACAGACUUUGCCAGGUACCAAUGGUCUUUGCCAGGUACCAAAGUUUAUUACACGCCGCCUUACUGAGGAGGCGUCGUACCCAGUUUUCAAGGUACCGUGCCACAUGGUCCGUCGGGAGCAAUUCCGCCAACCUCGGAUGAUGGAGAGCAUCCGGGUCAAACAUGGGUUCCCCAGACGGAUCCACGAGGGUGGAGCCCGCAGUAGCCGGGGAGACGCUCCUAGGGCCACUCGCAACCACCACGGAGUGAGCAGGGCCAAAAGGGUCAAAUUUCUGCCCACAAAAUUCAUCAUCUGAGUUACCCACAGACUCAGAAAUCGGGUCUAGUGAGGAGGCUGACACCGAGUUGGAGUCUCUCUCUUUUUGUGCUCUAGCACAUUUCCACUGCCGCGCCCGUUCUGCCUGGCGGGGAAAGGCUCUCAUGACAGGCACGCAGUCAUGGGUGGUUAUAGUCACACCAGUCGUGUUGUUUCUGGAGGCAGGGAGAUUUGAGUGCUUGGAUUUGGCAGUAGCCUUUUUUGGUGCCUCCCCUAUAGGGUCAAUAGCCGGGCGCGUUAAGCAUGUCGGCGUGGCCGAGCCUUCUGCGGCCAAAGGGCGUGCAAGUAAGGCCUGUGAGAUGGUCUGGGAGAGGACAUGGAGCCCAUAGCAGCUUAAUGGCGUCAGAGACUGAGCGCUGUAGCGCCAGGGACUGGGUCUCAUCAGUCAGAGGCAUAGGGUCCCCAACAGAAGAAGGGAAAUCAGAAUUGGAAGAUGGGUUAUCCAAAACCUGUGGCAUGUCCAUCUCCCUAGGGGAGGAGGGGCUGGCAGGCACUUUAGAUCUGGGCAUGGUAGUGCUGUGAGUUAUUCCCCCAACAAAAGAAUAACAACUAUAAACAGCAUAAAUGUAUGGGAUAAAGCUAAAAUCAGAGUAGAGGAGACUAGCAGGAGUUAAUCACCCCAAAGUAAUAUAACCUAGGAGGGUAUAGUUAUGGAGCUCACCAGGGUCCAGACCAGCAGAUACGAAGAGAACACACACAAAGUCAGAGGGGCAGGAAGUCAGGAAAUGGCCGUCUGCAAUCUCGCAAGAUUCGCGGCCAAAAAUACAGUCAAUUAGUCAAGUUAAAGAGCCGAACGUUCAGCAAAAAAGAGACAAAUUAAAUGGGAUAAAUAGACGAAAGUAAUGAAUAGGAAACAGGUGAAUGCACUGACUGUUCGAAUAAAAAGUAGCCAAACGAGGCAAAACAGACGAAUGAAGCUAAGUGUGUGUUCGUGAAGAAUUUGCUGAACUGGUUAGAAUUCUUUCACGAAAACAGCCGAACAGAACGGAAAACAGGUGUAAAAGGGCGCCAAAUAAACUGAGAAAAUGGCGCCAAAGGGUAGUGAGGAAGAUGAAAAGAGAUAAGAUAGUAAUCAGAAGAAGCAAGUGAGCAUGGUUAACACACAGAAUAAAACAUAAGGAAGGUCUGGAACCCUGGGCUCAAAGCUAACCAACACAAUAUAUAGUAGUAAACAAGCAUGUAAUAAUACACAGAAAAAAUCCUUAACAACUGGAUAAAUUAAAGCAAAAAAGGAAUUAUCAACAAAAGGAGCAAUAGAAACUCAAAUAACAAUAAAUAAAUUAUAUAAAUAACCAGAAAUCAAUAAGCGAAUACUAGUAUGUAUGAGAAAAAAUUUGUCAUGUAAUUACUUAUCUUUGGUCGGAGCAGCAAAGAAAGAGGAAAUGUGUGGGGAUGUGCUGACUAUUAUACUGGGACUUGGUAUGGGUGUGGCCUAUCACUAUGGUAACCAUUUGUUUUUGUUUUCUUACUGGUGUAUUCUUUGCUGCUAUUGGUGGAAACUUUAGUCACCUAAAUUACUUUAACUAAAUAAAGCAGUUUUAGUGUAUAGAUCAUUCCCCUGCAAUUUCACUGCUCAAUUCACUGUCAUUUAGGAGUUCAAUCACUUUGUUUCUGUUUAUGCAGCCCUAGCCACACCUCCCCUGGCUAUGAUUGACAGAGCCUGCAUGAAAAAAAAACUGGUUUCACUUUCAAACAGAUGUAAUUUACCUUAAAUAAUUGUAUCUCAAUCUCUAAAUUGAACUUUAAUCACAUACAGGAGGCUCUUGCAGGGUCUAGCAAGCUAUUAACAUAGCAGGGGAGAAGAAAAUCUUAAUUAAACAGAACUUGCAAUAAAGAAAGCCUAAAUAGGGCUCUCUUUACAGGAAGUGUUCAUGGAAGGUUGUGCAAGUCACAUGCAGGGAGGUGUGACAAGGGUUCAUAAACAACGGGAUUUAACUACUAAAUGGCAGAGGAUUGAGCAGUAAAGGCUGCAGGGGCAUGUUCUAUACACCAAAAAUGCUUCAUUAAGCUAAAGUUGUUCAGGUGACUAUAGUGUCCCUUUAAGUAAUAUGAGCCUCCGUGUCUUGACAUAAAAUUUAAUUUUUUUUCAUACAGGUUGUGUGAGUCACAGCUAGGGAAGGUGUGGCUUGGGCUGCAUGAACAGGAACAAAAGUGAUUUAACUCCUAAAUGGCAGAGAGUUGAGCAGUGAGACGGCAGAGGCAUGAUCUGUACAUUCAAACUGCUUCAUUAAGCUAAAGUUGUUUUGAUGCCUAUAGUUUCCCUUUAAAUAUGGUUCCUUUUUUUUGGCCUGACUACAGCAGCAUAGGAAGUAUAGAAUGGGAAGUAUCAUUACGAGACCAAAGACCUACAAAAGGAUUCAACAACACUCCAAGCACCAUAACCACUACAGAGCACAGAAACUCAGUUGGGCAUAGCCCUGUGCUCUAACCUGAAGAGGUGACACCCAUUGGACUCCAAGUUAGUUUUGAAACUGUUCACAUCAUUUAAUGGUUAUGGUGCUUGGAGUGUUAUUUAUUUUUUAAUUUUUUUAUAACUUUUAUUUUUAACCAAAACAAUAAUUAUGGCACAAGUUGCAUCUUUAUAAAUUACAUAUGUUAAAACCAUACACCUCACUUAAUACUGACGUAGCUGAUUAAGCGCCAGUCUUAAUUUUGGCGGUAAAUUUCUAUUUAGUUUUAGUCAAAGUCUUUUGACUCAAAAGCCAUUUUAGCUUUAGUUGUAUUUUAGUCAUCUGAAUAGUUUUUUGUUUUAGCCAACUAAAAUCUAAGGUCUUGAGGAACGCGGGUUAUUUCUCUGGCGUGCAGGCACACGGUAGGUACAGUUCGUGUACAUACACAUUAUGCACAGUCAACCCACACACUAUAGGAGAGAAAUAGACUUGUUGGGGCAAAUGUAUGAAACUAUUUACAGCACACUAGAAAGGGGCCCCAAUCUUUGUAAUUUAAAAUAAUUUUGUGUAUCAUGACCAAUAGAUUGUCAUGGGGGACGAGUACAUUGAGCUACCACGUUAGACACGAUGGACAAGUAGAUAAAAAAUAUAUAUAUAUAUAUAUAUAUAUAUAUAUAUAUAUAUAUAUAUAUAAAUAAUAAUUUUUUAUUUUUUUUUAAAGAAUGUUGUUCUACUGGACAGAUACGUACAAUUAUUUUGUAAACUGUGGAUUACCUUUCAAAUUCCUAUUUGCUAUAGUCGUAAAUAAACAGUGCUUACCAUAAUUUUUAUUUUGUUUUACAUUGUAUUGUACUACUGUUUUGUGACUAUUUUUUUUCUUUACCAAAUCAGGUUUUAUUAAAUCAUUCUACAGUGCCUUAAGAAAAAUGGAAUCCAUUGAAAUUUCCCCUGUGUCACUAAAACGUCCCAUUUCUACUGAAGACCUUAUUGAUGACGAUGGAGCAAAGAGACAAAGGGUUUCAGAAAGUUCCUUAAGUAAAGAGCCUGUGAAGAACAUCCAGGAAUCUGAUCAUGCAUCUGUCACAAAGACCAAACAAGCCAUAGAAUCUGAUAUUUCAGGUGAUGUGUCUGUGAAUAACGCAGAAGAUGAAGCAGCAGAAAGCGAAGAAGAGGCCCUUGAGCUGGAGUCUGAAGGAGACCAGGAGACCUUUGCUGACAUGAUGAAACAUGGUCUGAUUGAACUUGAUGUUGGCAUCACUAAAUUUGUCAGCUCUCAUGAAGGAUUUUCUGGAAUUUUGAAAGAGAGGUAAACUGGUUUCUGAUACAGGAUGUAGGUUUUAACCCCUUUAUGUUGACCAUUACACAUUGUGUGUAUGGUAAUAUAACAGAGUUGUCACACCUUUUGGCAUGUAUGGAGUUAAUAAUACUUGUAAUUUAAGCUGCUUGUUACCAGGGUGAAUCUUAUAGAAACUCUUGUCUCUUCCAGUGUUCUCCCAUAUCCUUGAUUAUCUGUAAGGAGCAUGUGAUAACCCAAAGUUCAGAGAGUUGAUCACUCUGCUUGCUUGUCAGUGCUCGCUGCCAUUAUUAUUUAUGAAGCGUCAACAAAUUCUGCAGCGCUGUACAAUAGGUGGACUAACAGACAAGCAUUUGCAGAAAAACAAGUUGGACACAGGGAGAAGAGGGUAUUGAGGGCCCUGCUCAAGAAAGGUUAUAUUAUAGAAACAUGGAAUGUGAUGGCAGAUAAGAACCAUUCGGCCCAUCUAGUCUCCCCAAUUUUCUAAAUACUUUCAUUAGUCCCUGGCAUUAUUUUAUAGUUAGGAUAGCCUUAUGCCUAUCCCACACAUGCUAAAACUCCUUUACUAUGUUAACCUCUACCACUUUAGCUGGAAGGCUAUUCCAUGCAUCCACUACCCUUUCAGUAAAGUAAUACUUCCUGAUAUUAUUUUUUACCUUUAUAUUAAUAUAAUAUAUUACCUUUGCCCCUCUAAUUUAAGACUAUGUCCUCUUGUUGUGGUAGUUUUUCUUCUUUUAAAUAUAGUCUCCUCCUUUACUGUGUUGAUUCCCUUUAUGUAUUUAAAUGUUUCUAUCAUAUCCCCCCUGUCUCGUCUUUCCUCCAAGCUAUACAUGUUAAAGCGGCACUGUCAUGCCAAACUUACCUUUCCUCAAUCUCUUCCUCUUCUCCCCCUCUCUCAGGAUCUGUUCUUCUUUUCUUCCUGUCUUCUUUAGUUUUCUUUAAAAUCAUAAGACAAAGUAGGGACUCUUUGCCUCAUGGAGGAUUCCUCCACUUGACCAGCUCUGACCAGCGGAGGAGCAAAGUGUGCUUAAUUUCCGCUGGUCAGAGCAAUUUUCCCAUGAUCCUUACCUUCCCUCUGUGUUCCCGCGAUGCUUCCUGUCACUUUACACGAAACUGCCGAAUUGCAUUCUAACUGAAUGAGAACAGUAUGUUCGUUUCUUUUAGGACGCAAUUCGGCAUUUUAUUCGGAUCGCAAUUUCAUUCGAAUGAAUGAAACUCCGAUCCUAUUCAUGUUGUGGCUGCACCUUGCAGCCACUAAGUAGAUAACUCCCUAAUUCCCACGGUAUCAGGGAGCUAUCUACUAAAAGUCUGAAAGACCUAAAUUGGUCUUUCAGCCAACUUUACUAAUACCAAGUAAAAAUUACUUAGUAUUAGUAAAUAAUAUGCCCCUACUCGCUAUACCACGAGUAGGGCAUGUCUGGUAAACAGUGAGCCUGUGGUUGCUCACUGUAAAAAAAUAAAAAAAACUAUUGGCCCCCACACCUAAACGACGGGUGGGGGCCCUAAAGUAAAAUAAGGGGGGAGACCUAAUGGCCCCCACCCCUGCGCGGCGGGUGGGGGUCAUAAUGAUAAUGGGGGGGUCUACUGCCCCCACCCCUGGGCGGCGGGUGUGGGCCAUAAAGAUAAUGAGGGGGGGACCUGCUGUCCACCCCCCUCCAGCCCCCACCCCUGGUCGGCAGGUAGGGGCCAUAAAGAUAAUGGGGGGGGGACCUACUGUCCACCCCCCCUCCGGCCCCCACCCCUGGGUGGCGGGUUGGUGCCAUAAAGAUAAUGAGGGGGGGGGACCUACUGUCCUCCCGGCCCCCACCCCUGGGUGGCGGGUGGGGGCCAUACAGAUAAUGAGGGGGGGGGGAACCUACCGUCCUCCCCGCUCCCACCCCUGGGCGGCGGGUGGGGGCCCUAUUUCAAUUUCUCCCCUCCCCACCAAGGUGACUAGGGGUCUCCAAUAUUCUGUACUCUGCCCUUGGGUUUUUACGUCCAAAAUGCAUUAUCUUGCACUUAUCCACAUUAAAUGUCAGUUGCCACAACUCUGACCAUUUUUCUAGUUUUCUAGUAGGAGUGAGAAGGAUUGAGGUAAAGUGGCACAAGAGGUAAGGUUAGGAUGCAUUUCAUAUACAAUAAAAAGUAAGCUACUAGACUACUUCCUACCAACCGGUCAGGUUCCUGCAUUUGUUGCAAAUCUCCAACUUGUCCAGUGAUCUGUAACAAAAUUGGGAUUUGACUCAUUCAUAUUGCCACUCAAAUGUAAAAUUGCUCAGUAGUGAAGAUGUUAACGUUAGAGCAUGCUAUGCCGUCCUACAAAAGAAGUUCUAUGCAUGCUAUGCCGUCCUAAAGAUCAGGCUCUCCCUUCGGGCCAAAUACUUACCCUCCGUGGCGAUCGGGGCAACUGCCUGGUGACAUCAUGAUUACAUGACUCGAAUCGGCUUGACUGGCAGGAUUAUAUUUUCAGGCAGAUCUAUAUUAAUACAACUACAGUAUAUAGAAAUUAUAUAUAUUUAUAUAAAUACACUUACAAACAUACAGUUCAUAUAUGGAAAUUUCAUUAUGUGUGUGUGUGUGUGUGUGUGUGUGUGUGUGUGUGUGUGUAUAUAUAUAUAUAUAUGUAUGUGUGUAUAUAUAUAUAUGUAUGUGUGUGUGUGUGUGUGUGUAUAUAUAUAUAUAUAUAUAUAUAUAUAUAUAUAUAAAAAAUGAAAUUUCCAUAUAUGUACUGUAUGUUUGUAAGUGUAUUUAUGUAUAAUCAUAAUAUUUUAUUAUAUAUUGGUGUCCUGCCUGACUGCACAGGCAGACAUUUCAGAGAAUUUAAUUUGCAAGCCUUAUAUUUGACCUUGUAACUUCAAAACACCAUAAAACCUGUACAUGGGGGGUACUGUUGUACUUUUUAGAGCAGUAAAAUGUAGAUUGGUGAUGAUAUCCUCAGUGAAAAUACGUUUUGUUUUUGUAUGUGAAAAAUGCUAAAAACAAAUAUGAAAAUUAACUUUAGCCAGGGUUUGUGACUAAGUAGGUACUAAAAGACUGGACAAACCCCAUUCUGAAUACCCACCCUGCGUUGUCCUCUUUUGCAAAUGGUAUGCCAUGAUGACAUUAUUUUCAUUCCUGGGCUGCCAUGCGGUGUCAAAGGCACCAUAGGCCCAUCAAUCUGGCAAAUUUCAACCUGUAAAAACUGAAAUGGGCAAGCUCUUUAUUUGACCAUGUCAAUUUCCAAAUUACCAUGCAACCAAUACAGGGGGGACAGGGUUAGGGGGGUUAGUUGGGGGAUUUAUGCUACUAGCACGAUAUCACAGCAUACAAAUAUUUCAUUGCAGUAAAAGCUAACGGUAUUGUGAGAUUCACAGUUAAAAUGCCAUGCGGGGCCUGGCUGCCAACCGAGAUGGCCGCAUGCAGAGUGUGCUCUGUGUAAAACACUCCAGCAGAGCCCUAAUUCAGAAUCUUUACAUUAGCAAACUCGACUACCUGAAAGCAGGUAAAAGCAGACUUUACUUCUGCAACACCUGAAAGACUCCUGGACACAAAAUGAGCAGCCUGUUCUCGGCACACAACUGCGGCCUACAUGGGGGUGCUGGCGUGGAAGAAGCGGCCGAUCUUCCUGCUGGCUAUCCGACUGCUAAAGGUGGACGCGACAGGGGCUCCCGUUCCCCCCCCUUGCCGGUGGGGGUUAUCCCGGCACCAGCACUCACACCGCAAUCACGACUACCCGGUGGCCCUGCGACACAGCACAUGUCCCUGCUGGAAGAAUCGGCGGAAACCAAGGUGGCGGGCGCAAGACCCCACAACUUGCCACAAGGCCCGAGGGAAACGACUCUCGCUAAGCUGGAUGCACUACUCACAGAAUUUUGGCGCAAGCUCGAAGAGAGGCAACAGAGUGCCAGCAAGCUAGACCACUCACCUCCGGCUGCUGACAUGAAGAGCCGAAACCAGCCCGCAUCUAAAGCACCGGAGGCUCACAGACAGGAAGCCUCCACUCGACGACCACACGCCGCGUGGGUCUACCGCUCCUCUGUAGCUACACAUGCACUCGCUCGCACUAAGAAGAGGAGGACAGUCCGUAGGAGGAGUGCAGUUCCAGCAAAGCCAACUCACCGGCAAUGCCUCAUCAAGCUACAAACCACCGCCGCAACGCAGAAAGUGAGGAAGCUAGCUGGAUGCCACCAACUCACUAUGGCUGAGCCCUACCGCCAUCGGCACACCUCGCACCCUUUGAGAGAUCACGCCCAUCACAAAGAGAGGCACCAAGGAAGAGGGUUGCUGUCCCAGGUGAUGAUUGACGCUAUUCCCCAAGCCUGCACUUACCUGAGUUCACCAGGGACGGACAAGGUCCUGUACCUGCCCUGCCUUACUGGACACUCCACUGGUUGGGACUGUAGAUACCCACUGAGGGGCAUCGGGUAGUUGUAAACGUAGGGCUAUAUCCUGCCACAGGCCUCCCACCACAUCAGGCCACACACAGCAGUACUUACCCUGACUAGCUUAAAAUGGCUUCACCAUAGCUUGAUACUUAACACCUCUGGCUGAACAGGCACCCUGUACCGUUAUUAUGCUCCAACGUUCCAUAUUGUUUUAACUUGCUUAUUUUGCUAACCAUAGGGAAUCGCGUUCUCCCAUCAUCAGUUAGCCAAGGCUGUAGGAGGGGUGACAGGGGCCAGUGGCAAAUAUAUGCAGUGUGUAACCCCAGCAUGUUAAAAUAUGUAUCUUAGUCAGAUCUUCUAUUCAGAUCCGCAGUUUAGCUUGCUUUAUAAACUAUUAAAAAUGUGCACAAUCCUCAAAUGUUAUGACACAACAUCUCGAUGUAUGUUCAAGGAAUGAUUAUUGCUGCCGUCAUGGCAUUUCAAAUCUGUAUGUUAAUCUUUGCACAAUAAAAAUAAAGAAUUAUAAAAAAAAUGCCAUGCAGAACUUGGAAAAUAGCAACAUUCUUAAUUCCUCACUUUUUUACAUUUUAUUAUUUUAUUCAUAUUUAAUUAUUUUCACAUAUAAAUAGUUGAUGUGAAAUGAAAUCCUUGUUUCUCCUGAACAAAAUGAAAUAUAAUAUGUGGAUGCAUGUAAUAUAAAAAAGGUAAAUUUUGGUUGAACAGACCUAUAACGGAGACUCUAGGUUGUGUUUUGGUUCAGAACUUGGACAAUUGCCUUCGUCCUUAAGGGGUUAAUGGUAUGACUUCCCUGGUAAUGCCAUGAUUUGCUUACCCCGUUGGAACUUAAAAUAAUAAAUUUUGUUUAAUGCAAAACAAAAAGUUAUCUGUUUUUCAUUUGUUACUGUUGGCCAAAUGUUCUGCAGUCUGGUACAGAGUUCCAGGUUUGUGUACACAUCAUUUAAGUAUUGUUAUUCCGCACCUAAUAAAUACUUUUUGUGUUGUUGUUUUGUAUAAUAGAUAUUCAGACUUCAUUGUCCAUGAAAUUGGAAAGAAUGGCAAAAUAAGUUAUUUGAAUGAUUUGUCCGUUCCAGCAGACAAAGAGGUAAAUUUACUAGCUUCUAGUCUUCUCAAGUGAUCCUUUAUCUCCAGUGGUUUUCAAAUAAAUAUGUAUUUUCCAGGAUCCUUCAGAAGAGAUUUAUUCUGUGCUCUCAGCGGACGACAAGAAAAGUUUAGAAGAGCUUCAACUAUAUAAGAACAAAGAAACAAAUGUGGCUAUUGAGGUAAGUUGAAAAUCUACACAUUAGUGGUUAUGGUGCAAAGAGUCUUUAGGCAUUGUCCCUAAGUAAGAAACCAAACUGUUAUUGAAUGGUUUGACACCUGGAUCCCUCACUUCCUCGUUAUCCUUCCACUCUUUUAGAUAUCAAAAUAGCAGAAAAUCUUAUUCCACUUUAUCAAUGCCAAUUUUCUUGCGUUAUUUGGUUAUGGUUCAUUGAAUGAGAGUGUCAGCUGAUGCACUCAGGCAAUCGAUGAUUCUCAAAUAUUAAAUGUGAGAUACGCAGAAGACUGGAAAGAAUAUGGCCACCUGAGGAACCCGGGUAAGUGUCAAACCAUUAGCUUUGGGGGGCACUAUAACCACUUCAACCAGCUUUAGUGGUUAUGGUGCAUGCACUGCACUGUCUUCAGUAAUUUGUGUGUUAAUCAAGAAUCCAUGAGAAUGGACACUGGUACCUAGCGAAUUACAAAGCAAAUGUGACUAGAUGUAAUACAUAAGUAAGUAUGGUAAAACCCUUCUCUGAUGUUGUGUUUUUUUGUUUUUUGUUUUUUUUAAUUCAAGCUAUGUUGGUGUCUUUGAGGAAUCAAUCAUAUUGAUUAACUUGUUUGACUUCUUAGUGUAUCCUUGUGUAGUACUAACUGGAUUGUUCCCUAAAAAUGUGGAUUGUUUAGAAUUUCACAUUUUAGGCCAGAAUAGCUGAAUUGCUAUAUUUACAGUUUUGUUGUUUAGGCCAACAAUUGGAUUUGAUACUCCGUUUGAAUUUCUAAAACAAAAAAUAAAAACAUUUUAGUGUUUAAAGGAUCACUAUAGGGUCAGGAACACUUACAUGUAUUCCUGACUCUAUAGUGUUAACACCACCAUCUAGCCCCCCUGGGCCCCUCAUGCCUCCAUAAAUAUAGUAAAAAAUCUUACUGUAUUCAAGCCAGAAGCUGUAACUCUGCAUGCUGUUAGACUCAGAAAAACAAGCAGUCUGCUGACAUGUGGUAGCCUGAUCCAAUCACAAUGCUUCCGCAUAGGAUUGGCUGAGACUGCCAAGGAGGCAGAUCAGGGGCAGAGCCAGCAUGAUUCAAACACAGCCCUGGCCAAUCCUCAUCUCCUCAUAGAGAUGAAUUGAUUCAGUGAAUCUCUGAGGAAAGUUCAGUGUCUGCAUGCAGAGGGAGGAGAUACUGAAUCACAGGAUGCUGUGCACAGUGCUGCCCUGUGCUCUGCUGACCACAGAUCUGAGGGGAUGGAGGCGUAUUAUGCCUCCAUCAACUCCGAAGUCCCUCUGGUUCACUGCAACUGGAGGUGUUCAUAGCUUUCAAUGUAAACACUGUAUUUUUUCAGAAAAUACAGUGUUUACAUGAAAGAGGCUGCAGGGAGCUAUAGUUCUCACCUGAACAAUCUCAUUAAGCUAAAGUUGUUCAGGUGACUAUAGUGUCCCUUUAACCUUGGGGAUGUGGAUGGAAGCAUCCUGCAAGCCUGAUAAUCUGCAGGGACACUAUAUCUCCAAAGAACAAAUUAAAGAAAAUGUCUUUACCAUUAUGUAAUUUAAUGUUAGGAAUAACUUAAAUAGUGUUUUAUUCAAAGGUAGUUGAUGACACCAAAGAAAAGAGGACAAUCAUCCACCAAGCCAUUAAGGGUUUGUUUCCUGGACUGGAGACCAAAACAGAGGAUCGAGAAGGAAAGAAGUAUAUCAUUGCUUACCAUGCAGCUGGCAAAAAUGCACUUUCAAGUAAGUCACUGUACUGUAACCGUUUCAAGGAGCCCAUAGUGAUAGUAAUGCAGGUAUGUGGAAAUGCAAGACAUCAACAUGUGACGCAGCAUAUAUCUGCAUCACAUGGGGAUUGCACAUGAUUCACCGUAGCAUUCUCUAUGGAAUGAUGCAAACUACGCUAACUUCUCUCAAGGCUACCUACAAGAUAGGUCUCUUUGGUAUUCUAUGAAGCCAGGUCAUCACCUUGAAAAUGAGGCUUCAUAGAAUGAAUUUGGACUCUGCAUUGUACACACAGGGCUAGAUUAAGAGCAGUUAAUCUAUUCCAAGGCCUCAAUCUACAAACUUGCAUUCUUCAUAUUGCUGCUACUGAGCAAUUGUCAAAAUCUGAAUUCUAUUAUUUGGAUGUUUUUUUAAUGUUAGCUUGUGUUUCUAUGAACUUUAUAUACUUUCUCUCUCUGAAUGUGUGUAUAAUGUAUAGUGGGUAAUAUAACCAGUGUUAUCUUGUUUACUUCGUUCUUAGUCUGUGUUUUAGACGCCUUUCAUCCUUAAGAAAAUGUGCUAAAUAAAUGCUUACAUUAUAGCUGUGAUGUUACAGCUGUAGCCAGCAAGCGUUAGACAUUUAUAAUAGUGUGUGCACUCUCUCUGCAUGCUUAAAGCAUGUCGUGUGUUGCAUGCAUGCUAGAAAUGUUGCAUUUUUAUCCUUCUUGCCAUUAUUCUUACUUUUCAUAUACGAAUGAAAUACCGUCUGUAGACUGGGGUAGAACUACUGUGUAAGCUCAUUCUUGCUUUUUAAUGCCCUCUCCUAACUUUAUUUAACUUUAUUUUAUUUACAUUUUAAUUGUAUAAAUGCUUGGCAACCCUUAAAGAUUUUGCCAAAAUGUAAGUUUUAUUUUUUGCAGACUUUUAAGAUCAAUCAAAGAAAUAACAUUGACACCAAGUCUGGUCUUGUUUUUCCUAUUAAUACAGUAUGAACCAAUUCUAUAGCACUUAAAGGACCACUAUAGUGCCAGACAAACAUACUCGUUUUCCUUGCCUAUAGUGCCCUGAGGGUGCCCCCACCCUCAGAAUCCCACUCCCACCAGGCUGGAUUGAGAGGAAGGGGUUAAACACUUACCUUUCUCCAGCGCCGGGCUCCCUCGGUGCUGGAGACUCUCCUCGUCUCCCCGUCAUCGGCUGAAUGCGCAUGCGCAGCAAGAGCUGCGCGCAUUCAGCCAGUCUCAUUGGAAAGCAUUCUCAAUGCUUUCUCAUGGACGCUGGCGUCUUCUCACUGUGAAAAUCACAGUGAGAAGCGCGGAAGCGCCUCUCGCGGCUGUCAGAGACAGCCACUAGAGGCUGGAUUAACCCUAAAGUAAACAUAGCAGUUUCUCUGAAACCGCUAUGUUUACAGCAGAAAGGGUUAAUCCUAGGUGGACCUGGCACCCAGACCACUUCAUUAAGCUGAAGUGGUCUGGGUGCAUAUAGUGGUCCUAUAAUACUUAAAUUGCUUAGGGGCUGAUAAUGUUCUAUGUUGUCUUAAAAAUCUGUUCUGAUCCUAUUUGAAAAUGGGAUAAUACACUCCGUUACUACUACAGGUCUGCAUGGACAUUGCCUGCUGGCAUAAGAUCUUUUGGGAUGAUGUCCAAAUGUAAUAUUUGCUCCAUAAUGAGUUAAGAGAUAAGAUAAAAUGGGUUGAGAUAAAGUUUCUAGACGUACGUAUAACAUUAUCAUCAAAUGACAUGCCAGUGCAAAAGGUAUCCUAAAAUAAAAAUGUAAAAAUAUUUCAGAUCCCAUUUAAGAUUUUUUUUUUUAUAUAUAUCCUGUUGUAUCCAAACUGGUCUGUUUUAUUAUUAUCGUCAUUUAAUGAUAAUGUUAUACUAUUAGUUGGCAUAUGGGAAAUGAUACUUUCCACUUCCUGCCCAUCCUCGCACACAGAUACCGACUUCAUAAGUUACCCUAUUUAUGGCCAUAAUCCCUCUUUUCUACCCCAAGGUCCCUCUUUUCAACGAGCUCUGGGUUUAUGAUGGAGCUCCCCAUCAAUAAAUUUGAUGAGAAAUCAACAUGUGUAAAUAAGAGGCAUUGUUCUUGUACUAAAUUGUGUUUUAGGUGCAUAAAUUGUUAUUAGUAAGUAAUCUACAAUUUCUCAGAAUCGCCCUGGCCACACCCCAAAUCUCUUUUGCCAUUUGAAAUGUUGGGAGGUAUAGCUGAGUUUUACACUAGAAUUGUUCCUGCACUCUGCUAUCAAGUAUUGGAUGCAAACUUAAUUACAGAGGACACUAACCAUGGCUCCUGUUGCUUAUCUCACUUCACCUAUCCCACCUAAGCUCCAAAAAAGGCAGAACGAGACCCUUUAGGCAGGUGGCUACACUUUCUAAUGGGAAAUCCAGCCCUGAUGGGAGAUGUAAUUCAACAAUGGUCGAGAUCUAUAUUUUGGCUAGCCGUAACUUGCAAACAAAACAAACAAAAAAGUUGCCUGCACAUUAUGCCAAAUUCAUUUGUAAAUUUAAAUAACAGGUUUUUAGUACCACUGCAGUAGCCAUUAAAAUGUCAGCUCACUUGUCACAUCUAGGUAGUUCCCUUAGAUUAGGCCUACGCUAACUUUUCACAAUGCUGCCAAUUAGCUAAAAGGCAUAAUCUCUAAUGUCUCUUGAUCAGGCAUGUGUUGUAUACAGCAUAAAAAGCAAUGGUCAUCAAAUUAUCACUUCUAAUUUUUCUCACAGUUAUUAUUAUUAUUUAUUAAUGGUAUUUAUAUAGCACCAAUAUAUUCUAUAGCACUUUACAAUAUUAUCAAAGGAGGAGAUUUAACAAUAAAUGAGACAAUUACUAGAGCAUGGACAAGCCCAUUAGUAACAUCUUGUGUAAGAAAGGGGCGGAUGCGGUCUGUUUUUAAUGUGGAAUCUACAGAAUUUUUUAACAUACUGGAUGUGAGGCCAGAAUAAAGUAUGACGCCAAGACAGCGCCCUUGCAAUGAUGGACUGAUGUGGGUACAGUAUUAGGAGGAGGAAAGACAAGGAGCUCAGUUUUGGAGAGAUUGAGUUUCAAUAAGCGGGAGGACAUCCAAUGAGAGAUGGAAGAAAGUCAAGCAGUGACACGUUGCAGGGGAGAGGUUUGGGUAGGAGAGGUAUAUCUGGGUGUCAUCAGCGUACAGGUGGAAGUGGAAUCCAAAUGAGGUAAUAAGUUUGCCAAGAGAGGCAGUAUAAAGAGAAAAUAGAAGGGGACCAAGUAUAAAGCCUUGGGGGACUCUAACCGACUCUCCGAAGGGAGGAGGUAUCAUUAGAAAAGGAGACACUGAAUGAGCGUUGGGAAUUAGUAUAGAGUAGUGCCCUUUGGAUUUAGCUGCGAUUAGGUUGUUAGUGACUUUAAUAAGAGCAGUCUCAGAGUGGAGGGGGCAGAAGCCAGACUGAAGAGGGUCAAGGAUUGAGUUGGAAUUGAGGAAGCAAGUCAGACUGGUAAAGACCAGUCUUUCCAGAAGCUUUGAGAAAAAAGGGAGCAGGGAUAUGGGACGAUAGUUAGAAGGGGAGGAUGGGUACAGCGGGGACAACACCAGAAGACAGAAGUUAAAGGCACAAGACAAAAGGAGAGAGAUUUGAUAAGGUGAGACGGGAUAGGAUCAAGCGGGCAAGCUGUGGGUCGAGAGGAAAGGAGAAGCGCAGCCACCUCAUGUUCAGUAGCCUGGGAGAGAAUCUGAAGGGUAGGAAAGGCAUGACCUAGGUGUGGUUGAGAAAGAGAGAGGCAUGGUGGGGAGAUUUCUUUCCUUAGCAGUUCAAUCCUGUCAGUUAAUUACAUUUAUUGAAACUUAAUGGUGUGGUUUUUUUUUUGGUUUUUUUUAUGAUGUUGAACAUUUGUAAUAUUUUUUUUAUUUAUUUUUUAAAUAUAACUAUUUCAGGUAGCUGGUAGCCAUGUUGGGUCAGACUCUACUGCUAUCUGACCAACUACUGUUCAACCUAUCUUGCCUUCUGCAGCAAGUUCACACAGAGCAACCACAGCAUUGCCCUGUAUGCACUUCAUAGCAGCAGGCAGCCCUGUCUAUGUGUGAAUGCCGAAAGAACAUGCUGUGAACAAACAUAUAUAAUAGACUAUUUUUGUGUUUUUUUUCAAAUGCUGAAGGGGCUGUAGAGGAGACAGAUCCAGAGACUUUGUUUCCUGUUCCUUUGAAGUCCAUAAAUAGCAAUGAUGUGAUUGCUCUGUGUGAACCUGCAGAUGCAGGCAAGUUAGGUGGAGCAACAGUUGGUCAGCUAACGGUAUACUCUAACCCAACAUGACUACUCAGCCAGAUAAAAAAAGGAUUUUGUUUUUGUUUUUUUAAUGUCCGUAUACAUCAUUUAAAAAAAAAAAAAAAAUCAAAUGGUCAUUGCAUUUAAUGUAAUUACUUUAAAAAAAAUGACUAUUGAAAAUUUGAUGACCAUUGUCCCUUUAAAGGUUAAUGAAGAAGCCCCACUGUCUUUGUAUUUUGGGACAUUGCAGGGAUAUUUUAAUAGUGCUAUUUGGCACAAUGGGAUGCGUUGGGAUGCGUGUGGUAUAAUACUAGGGGCCACAGAAUCCUAAUAAUGAAAGUUUGACCUUUCACCCACUGUUUAUUAUGGCGUAGGGCAGAAAUAUUAGGCAAUUAAUAGGAGAAUCCCUUGGGCCUCCAUUAUUUUAUCCUAUUCCAACACAAGAUAUGGAGAAAGGAGAAAGUGAGCAGCUUUAAUUUCAAACCCAUCACAAAUGGCAGACAUAUUGAGCUUAGGUAUAGUGGACAGCAGAGGUCUUGCUUGUAGUUUGAGGGAGUACAAUGAAACCUGUCACUAUGAUGCUUCUUGUUAAUUGGACCACAAUUGUUUGUUUCUAUUUAUUGGUUGACUAAAUAUUUACAUGGCCAGCAGGCAUGUAAAUAUCAAGUCCUAUACUAUUAGCCAGGCCUCAGAAGUUAUUUGCCACUGCAAGACUCAAACAAACAUUUCUAUUGGCCAGAGGUAAAUUUCUACUCACCAGCACCAUAUAAAAUAUUUGUGUGCGUGUCUACAAAUUUCCUCUAGCCACUGGUGAGUAGAAAUGUACCCCUAGUAAGUGUGCUAUGGACUCUCUGUGUUUGCCGUGGUGAGUAGCAUUUAAGGCCUGCCUAUCCAGUGCUUAGUGAAUAAUCUUGAAUGCUGUAUCUCAGACAGUGGAAGUAUUUUUUUUCCAUUUGGGUUUAAAAAAAGUGUAGAUUUCUCUGUUGCAUACAACAUUCUAUCUCUUGUUCUAAAGAUGAACGAACUUUUGAGAUCCAUAUAUAUCACUUUUUAUGAGCUUAGUGAUGUUUUGCUGGUACCUACUUGGGGGGAAAGCUUGAUGUGCUUAUUGUGUCCUGCUUCUCCCAAGCCCAUUGCGACUUGUCUCACAUUUGUUGGAUGCCUUUAAACCCCAACGAAUGAUAUAAUCAUGCAACCAUAAUUAUUUUUUUGCAUGUCCACCUCCAGUACAUAAAAUAAAUCUAAAAACCUGUAGAAUUUAAACAUUACUUUCUUGUGCUCUUUAUGCUAUACACUUGGACAGAGGUCAGAACACCCACAGGUAAGUAACGUUGGCAUUCCAUACAGCUAAAAACCAACAUUUAGGAAAAGCCAACCAUCCAUUUUGUAGCUGACAAUACUGAAGAAAUAGAAGUCCUAAUUUGUGGUCAAGACCAGCGAUCCAUAUAAGUAUUACAUUAUGAACGAAGCGUGGCUGCUAGGCCUUUGCACAUUUUAAAUAUUUUUGUUUGUUUCUAAUUUUCUAUAUUUAUUUAUUUUUCUACAUUGUGUGCAAAAUAUGCAGUAUGUGAUUUUCUAAUAACAAAGGCAUUCAACCAUGGGGUUUUAUCAAACAAAACAAAUUUAAUUUUUUAAGUUUAUAUGUACUCCUCUUUUUAAGAUCCACGGAAACAUUCUUGGCCCAAAUCCAGAGGAAGUUUCUGCCAUUUUGUACUUUACAAGGAAAACAAAGACACAAUGGAUGCAAUCAAUGUACUCUCAAAGUUUUUAAGGUAAUUGGAUCAUGUUAAGACUGUCGUGAAAUUACGUUAAAUUAGAUGUCAUUAAUUGUCUGGAGUUUCUACUUGUUUAUUUCUUCAUUGAUUGAGGGUAAAACAUGAGAAUAUUAAGAUUGUGAAAAAACCUUUCAGUGUUGCUUAUGAACACUAAUGUAUUCACACUAGUGUAGGUGUUUUAUUAAGCAUCUUUUUUCUUCAAAGCUAGUUCAUACUUAAUGACUAGCUGGCCUGCUAUUUGCUCAUAAUGGCCUUACUGUCUCUUCCCUGCACAGAUAAACAACAUAUAACCUAUUCUAAAAGCAAACAGGCACAUAUAACAUCAGAGAGAUAUCAGAUGGUGGGAAAUUAUGUGUUGUACUGGGGAUGAAAUACUUUCAUGGCUAUCUAGGCCUGAAACAAGUAGACUCCGUGAGUAAGUCUUUAUUAGAGCAGUUUCGUCUGACUUGCUAAUAUCAUUCAAAUACAUGAUGAUAUUUAGGUCUGUGAUAUUAAAUGUGUAUAAACCUACAGGAUUAUUCACUAAAGUGAGAAUUCAAAGUGAAUUUCAAAUGUAAAAGGUUACUCCAGCCGCCAUGACCACUUCUGCUUUUAGAAAUGGUCAUGGUGUUAGGAGUCUGUAUGUGCAGUGUUUCUGCUUGAAACACUGCAAAUUCAGUUAUAUUUGCUCUUGUUGUGCCGGGCCAUUAUUCUAGGUUGUGUAAUGCGAGAGUUCUGUGCAGAAAAUGAAUCUGUCAUCGGCGCUCACUGCUUGCCGGUAACAGACAUCCGCUUGCCUCAGCCUGCAUCUUCCCUCCCACUGUCCUGUGUUGGUACCCUAUGUAAGCCCUUAUUCCCUCCCAUCUCUGGCAGUAAACUAAGGAGAUUGGUAACAGAGGAGGCUGGAUUCUAGGUAAGUUUAUCUUUCCUUUUAUAGGUUUUAAACGGGAGGCGAGGUUCAGAGUAUCUACACUGAUAGCAUAGCUGACUUGGAGAAUUUUUAAACUUUGGCUAUAUUCACCUUGAAUUCUCAUUUUAGUGAAUAGCUUUGCUAGUGCAUGGGUUAGUUUUUACAUUAUACAUGUAGAAGCUAAGUUAUCAUCAUUUUGAGUUUAUACCCCUGUCUCACUGAAUGUCUUAGCUAAGACAUUCAACAUCCUUUUAACAUGAAAAAUGCUCAGUGCGUAUAAUUAGAACUGGGAAUAGUAGUUUCAUAUAACUUAAAAAGCUAAACUUGUUUAUACUAAAGAGCUUUUACAUGAUGCAACUGUCAGUGUCAAAUAUAACCUAACGCAAACCUGAGAGAGAGAACCGCGCAUACUACUGGUCCUUAGAAGGGCCGGGAUGAAUGCAGGAUAGCAAAGGUAAACCUGGAAAACCUGCAAGCUGGUAACUCCAAGUCAAAGACAAGUUGAAGUCAGGAGUACAGAAAGCAGAAUAGUCAAACCGGCUAAAGGUUGAUACUAAAAGUGAACAUGGAAAUCUACAAGCAUUAAUGGGCCCGAAAGCCACAACAGGGUGUUGCAGAAAUGGAGAGAAGUGUUUUAAUAGCAGUAAAGAUCUCUCUAUUGGAUGAAAUUAAAUUCCUGCUCCAGAACAGUGACACCGGGUUGAUGCCCUGAAUAUUAGCGCUGUACGAAGAUGCAGGGAUCUGCCUUUCUUUACGAGAAUGGUCUUUGAUUUAGCAACAAUAGUGUCUUUAGUUGGUGGCAUCAUUCAUGGAGUUCGACCCAGUGUCAGCAUUGACACAGGAUUGAUGCACAACCUGAGAAUAAGAAAACUGAGGAGGCGCAACAGGGGCAGGUAUCAUCACAACAACCUUUUAAAAAGUAAUAUUUUAUCAGGUGCACUCUUUUAACAGCCUUCACAUAAUGCUAACUAUAAAACAUAAAACCAUUAUCUGCCUAGCAGUUAAAGAAGAAAUGGGAUUUAAAUUUGCUGCUACUUCCCAUAUACAAACUAACCAUUCCGUACAAUAUGCAAACUUAAAUUUAAUGUAAAUGUUUAAUUACUGUGUUGCACAGGGUUGUAAUGUAAUAUAAUCAUAAAAUAAGUUAAAGCAAUAGAUAUUCUCUUUGUAAAUCAAUUUAUGAGUAAUUCCACAGGUGUUCUUGUAGGUGGUUUUAUGCUUUACACACAAUGUAAAUACUCAUACACAAUGUAAAUACUCAUAAUGUAAAAGUCCAGUUCACUUUCUGUUUGUAUUGAGGAAAACAAUGCAUUUGAAAUAUAUACAUACCUGUAUUGUUCUUAGAAAUACAUUGUUUUCCUCAAAUGCAAACAGUAAGUCACUAUGGUCACAACUCUAAGAUUGUAUAUAGAUCUAUAUAAUAUGUAUAAUAAUAAUUGGAAAUUAGGCAGCAGAUGAGGAGUGAGGUCAUCUUGAGCAAAGGAUUUUUAAAUGUCAAAGUAAAAUGAAAUGUUAUUACACAUUAUAUUUUGCAGUGUGAAUUGAUUUUUUUUUUUUCUUUUAUUUGUGAAAUAUAGAGUGAAGCCUAAUAUAUUUUCCUACAUGGGAACCAAAGAUAAAAGAGCUAUCACUGUCCAAGAAAUUGCUGUUCUCAAGUAAGUAUAAAUAGUGCUGGUUGGCUGAAACACGGCACGCUCAUUGUAAUUGGUCUGCAAGAAAACUGAUGGGAAGUGUACACUUCACUAACGCAUCAAACAGUGAGAGAUUGGCCAUGGCAACAGACACAGGUCUGUUAGAGUUUGUUGUACAGACUCAGACCUUCGUGUAUAACAGGACUUCAGUCAGUCUCUUUUUUUUCAGCAAACCCGUUUCCAUAGUUCGGUUAUCUCCUUCUGCAUGUGUUAAAGCCUUGCCUUCUGGUGUCCUGCACAGGAUAUAAGAACAACUACAUAUUUAAUGAAGAAAACCAUAUAAACAGACCCUUACAAACUAUCACAGAUAUAUUAUAAGAGAAACACCCCUAAGGGUGACUAGGCCUGCUUAUAGUUGGACCAAGCCAAACUAAUAGUGUAGCAACCUCUGGCUCUUUCAUUUUGAGAAAGUUUCGUAACACUAAGACAAUAUGAAUGCAUUUUCUAUCCUAUGGAACACAGCAUGUGUCAGUGAGCAGAACACAUGACCACCGAGCAUGUUGUCACCUUUGAGGUUCCUAUUUUCUAGCUUUAAGUUUGAAAAUAAACGUCAGCGGUACAGAAACCGGUUUAACAUAAUAUGUUUGUUUUCAUUGGGCUGCAUUGCUAUUUUUGUCCUGUCUAUUUUAUACGUCUCCUUCUGUUAUAGAGUUAGACUGUGUUUAUCAUUACUGAGUGCAAGAUUUUAUAUUACAUAAAAUAUCUUUGUUUCUGCUUAGGAUUACAGCUCAGAGACUUGCUCAUCUGAACAAAUGUUUGAUGAACUUCAAAUUGGGAAAUUUCUCGUACCAGAAAAACCCACUGAAAUUAGGGGAACUCCAGGGAAAUAAUUUCACUGUUGUGUUAAGGUAUGUUUUUUUUUUUUUUUUAUAUAUUUUGUAAUGUCAUUUAAUUGUGGAUCAAAAAGAAGUAAAAGUUGGUUUAUUGGAUGCUUGUUUAUUUGCAAUUGAACUUAUAGUUUAAGCAUUAUGAAUAUAAUUCAAGUUAAAAUAAUAAAGACAACAUUUGCAUGCAAACCCUAGGCCUUGCAGACAAUAUGUCAGCAUGGUAUAAUUGGAAGAACAUUCCAUCAUGGCAUAGAAUAAGGUCCGCAUAGACCAAAUUAUUGAGACACCUUGAAUUUGUUGUAAGUCUACAUGGAUAUCUGGGUUCAUCUGACAUCCCCUUGUCAUGAAAUCUCUAUCCAGGUAAAGGAGGCACUUAAAUGAUAUGUCCUGUCCAAAAUCUAGUGUGGACAGAAUGGAGUAGUCAGAGCUGGACCAUGUUGCACUGGAGGGCCAGGAACGACCUGCCAUACUUAAACAGGGCUCAUAAUGUCCACUUGCCAUUACCUGUUGGCAAGUAGAAAUUCAUCUCUAGUGAGUGGAUCAUUGGCCCUCCAGGCUUGCAGUGGUGAGUAACUUUUAAGCUAGUAGUGUAAGGCUUGAAAUUUUAAACCCUGCUUAGACUUAAAAUAAUUCCAACAUAUAUGGCGUAUCGUGAUACAUGAGAUUUUGGGGUGCAUAUAUGUAUAUAUGAUGAAUGCUAACUUAUUGAUGUUGUCAGUUGUCCAUCUUGAGCUGUGAUUCAUAACCAAUACUAGAGCAAUUUAAGCACAUCUUAUCCUUAAAGUGUAUCUAUCUCUCUUCAAAGAGCAUGUUUAUGUCUGGACCCACACUAUAUUGUUAUAUCCAUUUUGAGCAACAUAAUAUCCAUAUUAUAUUUGCAUUUAUAAAAUAUAUUACCAUAUUCAGACUGUAAGCUGCAAGUACUAAGGGCUGCAGUUGCAGAAACAAAAAUCCAAAUGUCUUAAUUCCCUAUAUAAAUGUCUGACUGUCCUUACUUUACCCCCACUUCUAAAAUAAUGGUCUGUAAAGUGUUUUUAUGUUCACAAAAAGCCCCAUGUGGUUACCAAGCUGUUAAUACCAUUGCUACAUUCAUCUGGUUACAGGCUGACUGCAGAUAUGAGACCUAAACCUAAAAAGAAAUCAAAAUAGUAAAUAUUAAUAUUAAAGGAUCACUAUAGUGUCAGGAAAACAAAGCGGUUUUCCUGACACUAUAGUGCCCUGAGGGUGCCCCCACACUCAGGGUCCCACUCCCAUGGCGCUGAAGGGGUUAAAACCCCUUUAGCAGCUUAACUUAAUCCAGCACCGGGCUCCCUCAGCGCUGGUGACCUCUCCUUCCCCGCCGACGUCAGCGGAGCCGAAUGCGCAUGUGCGGCAAGUGCUGCGCGUGCAUUCAAAGUGUCCAUAGGAAAGCAUUUAUCAAUGCUUUCCUAUGGAUGCUCUGUGCGAUGGAGGCAUAAUAUGCCUCCAGCGUCGCAGUUGCGCCUAUAGUGUCUGUCCUGGCUUAACCCCAAAUGUAAACAUAGCAGUUACUCAGAAACUGCUAUGUUUACAUCUGAAGGGUUAAAACCUGAGGGACCUGGCACCCAGAUUACUUCAUUGAGCUAAUAGAAUGGUGAUUUUGCCACAUCCUUCCUUCUGCUCAUGUUUCUUUCUGUACAGCUUAGGGCCCUGAUGGCCUUUUGCAUAACCAUGCAGUAGUUUCUAUUUUAUUAUAUCAUAAUUCUGACCCUGGGAUUUAUUAAAAACAACUGCACUGAUUAUUUGUCUAUGUCCUGGAUUCAAAUCAUUUCUUGAAGGUGGUCAUUUAUGCUUUUGAGCCAUUGGAAAAACAAGUUUGAAGUACCGAGAACCCCUGCUGUGAUGUACUUAGUUAAAAAUGUGCAAAGCAUAUCAAUCUCGGCUAUCACUGCACACAACUACAGUACAGGCUCUCUCAGAUAACGCUAUGAGACUACAUGUGCAAUUUAGUUAUGCUGUAUGAGAUACUUUUCUUUGAUGUUAUACAAUGUUGGGUGGUUGAUGCCGUUAAAACAAACUGAAUGGGUGCUCCUUACACCAUAAACAAUGAAAAGAUUAUGGUGGUUGGAGUGUAUCUUAAUUUUCAAAUAUUCAUUUUACCCAUAUUGUAUAAUACAGCAUACAGUUUUGAAGUGGUUUUUUUUUUGGGGGGGGGGGGUUUUAUUUUUAUUUUUUUAUAACCUCAAAAGAACUGGCAGCAAUGGAUGCUGCUUCUUGGUUCUCACCUUAACAGUUACUAAUCUUUGAAUCUUUUGUAGAAAUUUGACAUUUGCAAAUGCAUUAAAUAAAGUAUUACUCCUGUGACUGUCCUAUUCACCUUUUUUUUGUAACUAUUACUGUAUCCAUUCAAUAAUCGUUUGAACCCAACCCCAAAAACUGCAGUUUCAUUGCUUUCUGUGCCAAAUAAUUCUAACCAUAAAUAAGGAUGGAGAUACAAAUUUAAGUCACAAUACAUAAACACUGCAAAGGAUUACCAGGGCAGGAUCAAUGUAUUUGUAGUAUUUGCAUGCAAACCUGUGUUCAUUUACAUUGAAAAAGAAAGAAGUGUUACUAGAAAAUUCAUACAUUUAUUAGUUUUACCUUACAAUCAGGGCCGGAUUAACAUAGGGGCUGAUGGAGCUGCAGCUCCAGGCCCAGGCCCAUGGAAUAGGCCCACUGAUUUUAAAAAAAAAUAAAAAAUAAAAAAAAAAUAAAAAAAUUUCACAUUUUUUUUUCCACAUUUUUUUUUUCCACUCACUACUCUUAGGGAUUCCACCUGGCUUUUAUUUUAUUGGCACAGCCAGUAUUUGAGGCUGCCUGGCUGGUGCCAAUAUUGCAGUGAUACUGGCAAUACAAAUGCUGGUAUUUUUCUCAGUAUAAAUGGAGAUUACUCUGCAAUACCAGCACUGGCCAGUAGUGGUCGCUGUAUGUGGAGACAGGCAGGGAUAGGAAGUUCCAGCAUAUCCCUCCCUGCCUAUCUAUACUUACUGAUCUGCAGGGGUGCAGCUACAGAGAGUCCAGACAGCAACUCCCACCCUGCAGAGACAGCCUACAGCUCAGGGAAGUAAGGGAUGGGGUGAAAGACUGCAAGGAGACAUACACUAAGGGACAUUGGGAGACAUUAUGACACAGCCAGUGUCCCUGGUGUCUCAGUGCCCCCUAGUCUCCCAGUGACCCCAGUCUGCCAGUGCCCCCAGUCUGCCCGUGUCUCACUGUCCCCAUAUCUCAUAGUGCCUCCAUGUCUCUCAGUGCCUCAAGUGUCACAAUGUCCCCAUGUCUCCAAGCUAGUGUCCCUAGUGUCUGUGGCCCUGGUGUCUCAGUGUCCCCAUGUCUCCUAUUGCCUCCAUGUCUCAAUGUCCCCUAGCCAGUGUCUCUAGUGUCUGUGUCCCCAUGUCUUCAAGUGUCCACUAUUUUCCCAUUGUCCCCAUGUGUCCCAGCCAGAGUCCCCUAGUCUCCCAGUAUCACUGGUGUCUCCGUGUCCCUAGGUCUCCCUGUGUCCCCAGGUCUCCCCGUCUUCCUAGUGUCCUAGUGACAUGGGGACCCUGGGAUACAUGGGGACACAGGGAGACAUGGGGCAUUGAGACACUGUGAUACAUAGGAACACUGAGACCUGGAGUAAUCGACACAUGGGGGCACUGGGAGGAAUCCAUCUAUACAGCAGAAUCAAACUAAGUAGUUUUUUGGUGAUUUUACAGAAUUUUCUCUUAUGUCACUCCUUGUGAUUUACAUCAUGUGAUGUCACCCAUACAUAUUUAAUUAUGCAAAUUAGUAAGGCCCGUAUGUUUUUCCAAGAAAGGUGGCAACCCUAACUACUUUUCACAUACUCUUACUUAAGUAUGGAAACUUAAGAGGGAUGUAUGGGAACCAAACUUGUAUGGACUGGCCGACAAUGAAUAUAGUUAAAGGGACACUAUAGUCACCAGAACAACAACAGCUUAUUGAAUUUGUUCUGGUGAGUAGAAUGUAUGUGUAUGUGGUGAGUAGAAUCAGUACCGUCAGGCUUUUUGCUGUAAACACUGUCUUUUCAGAGAAAAUGCAGUGUUUACAUUACAGCCUAGUGAUUACUUCACUGGCCACUCAGAUGGCUGUUAGAGAUCCUUCCUGGGUCAUGGCUGCCUAACAUGCAUCCAAACAUUCAGUGUCUCCUCCCUCUGCAUGCAGACACUGAACUUAUCUCAUAGAGAUUAAUUAAUUCAAUUCAUCUCUAUAAGGAGAUGCUGAUUGGCCAGGGCUGUGUUUGAAUCAUGCUGGCUCUGACCCUGAUCUGCCUCUUUGUCAGUCUCAGCCAAUCCUAUGGGGAAGCACUGUGAUUGGAUCAGGCCACCACUUCUAAUGAUGUCAGCAGACUGCUUGUUUUUAUGAGUCUAACAGCAUGCAGAGUUACAGCUUCAGGCUUGAAUAUAGUAAGAUUUUUCUAUAUUUAUGGAGGCAUGAGGGGCCCAGGGGGGCUAGAUGGUGGUGUUAACACUAUAUGGUCAUGAAUUCAUGUUUGUGUUCCUGACCCUAUAGUGAUCCUUUAAGGUAAUGCUGACUUUGGUCUCUCUAACACUGUGGCAUGUUCCAUUUCUUCUACACUCACUACAUACAGCUUUUCUCUGUCCCAGACUAUAUACCAGGAGCUUCUGCCUGCUAGUAAGAAGGUAAGAAGACAAGUAGACCAGCAAGUGCUAGGAAACAGUCCUUAGAAAGCAUUGAGUGAGCGCAUCAUUAGAUGCAUUUAUGCCAAGCUCAGGGUGCUGUCUGCAUAGUAUGCCCUUAGUUGGCCAGCUGCAUGAUUGGAAGGCAGCCUGACAUGCAUUCAUGCCAGGCUGGCCUUCUAAUUCUUUUGACAGACAUUCCCUCUUUUUAGGCAUGUUCGCCCCUUUUGGCAGGUCACGUGAUUUGUGUCAGUGGCACACCCUUUUACCGUGUCCAUUGACUUCCUGCUUGACUGGACACUGCUGUUAGGGGUUAUGGAUUUACUUGAAAGAUGAAAACAUAAAUUAGUGAGAGAUUAGCCUAGGGUAUGUGUUUUCUUAUAGCUGCUGUUUUCUUUCUCUCCAGCACCAUCUCCAUCAGAUACAUGAUGCUUGGGAGUGUUUUACUGUUUUUGGUCGAUAUGAUUCUGUAAUUAGGCCCGUCCGUAUUGUCAGCACCAGGCCCACUGGGCUCUUAAUCUGGCCCUGCUUACAAUAGUAAGGAGCAGACAAAAUUAACAAUUAACAUUUUUAAUUGUAUCUGCUGCUUACUAUUUUAAGAUAGAACAAAAUUCUAUCUGGGUGGUGGGGGUGGAUUCUAUUUAGGGGAUACCCACAUUGUAUUCUUUUAUUGUUGAACAAGCUCAGUGUUUUUCAAGAAAAAUAAUUCCUAUUUUAUAUGCAUGUGUUUAUCUGUUGCUAAGAAGCCAAUAUUUCUUCUUUAUCCCAUCACAUUCUAUAAAAUUAUAUAAUAAUUUAUCUUGGUAGAAAUAUCACUGGUACUGAUGAACAAGUGGAGCAAGCCAUGACCUCUCUCAGGGAUAUUGGAUUUAUUAACUACUAUGGGAUGCAGCGAUUUGGGACCACAGCUGUGCCAACGUACCAAGUGGGAAGGUAUGAAAACACACCUCUACAGUAUGCAAGCUUUAAAAAAAAUGAUAUUAUUACUUAUAUAGAGAGACUAAAACUGUAUCAUGUUAUGUUCCAGAGCUAUUCUUCAGAACAACUGGAAUGAAAUGAUAGAGCUAAUAUUAAAGCCAAGACCAGGAGGUAUGGACUUUAUAUAUUUUUUUAUUUCAAAUAUAUAUCCUCUUAGCUGUAGGCGUUUUAAAGGGAGAAAUCUAGAGGUUGCAAAACAUAUUUCAUGUAUUCAAGGAGGAAGGAAGUAGGACCUUGGAAAAUCCUCCGAUAUAGAACAAUAUGUAAUUAAAUAAGAGGACAAAAAAUGGAAUAUAGCGUAGAAUGUCAUAUAUUGAUUGGAGGAAACAAAAGGAAAUGCAAUUUCAGUACGGAGCUAACAAUUAGCUCCAACUCUGUGCACCUGGGCUUUAUAAUCCCUGUCUGUGGAUAUGCUGUGUGUUUCUUGAUCCAAUGGGAUGUGGUCCAAAGGCUAUUUAACAGAAACAGAAAAUGUCACCAAUAUAGUCUUCUAAAAGGGGUGUACACUUACAUUUUUGGAUCCUUCUGACAGCUCCUAGUUAAUAUAAUCAUGAAAUCGGAUAAUUUACACUAUUGGGCAUAUGGUAGCAAUCCUCACCUUGGUAUUAUGUGGAUACACAGAAAUAAAAUAUGGUAGGAGAUGUACUCACUACAAAUAAUGGUUUUGCUCAAUGCAGAGGAUUUUCCAAGGCGCUAUUUCCCUUCUCAUUGUAGCUAAUCCGUGACCAGAAUGGAGAGAAUCUAGUUUGGGUUGUUUCAGUUGCCUUCUUCAUUUUACUUCAAACGCUAGAAACCCAUCAUUCAGUAUUCUCUUAAAUUCCAUUUUAUACUGAAUAUGUGUUGUUUUUUUGUUUUGUUUUUUUAACUUUUGUUUCCUCCAAAUUGUUUUGAUUAAAAUAAUCAAUUUAAAAAGUGAUAGUAAUCUCUCAGACUUCCAAAAUACAUGGGACAUUGCUGUGUUUGGGGGGUGGACAUUUAUAUAAACGGUAUGAUUGCAUUUAAUUGACAUGUGCUAUAGAUACAAUUUAAUAAUUGUACAAAAAGUGUGACAAAAUGACUACAUGAAAACCCGAGUUGCAUACUUUUAAUAAAUAUUUGCAUUUGUUGGUGUGAUUUCAAGUAGGGAGCUGCUAAACUACCCAAAAUAAUAUGAGUGCAAUAACGUUGUCCCGUGUUCAUAUCUCAAAUAUGAUUUUGUAUCUGCUAAAAAAAAAAAAAAAAACACACACAUAAAAACCUGUGCAUAUAGAAUAUUGCUGUACGUCGAGAAUGAAAAUAAAGACAAAUAGGGUGGUCUUCUCUUUUGUUAAUGACAUCCAAGGCCACAGUGUAUAUAGAAUUUUUGGAAAAACACACAAAUUAUGGCUGAGAUUCAUGUUGAAAUGCCCUGUUUUGUAAUUUCCUACUUUUGAAUAACGUACAGUUAAAUGGUAAUUUGUGUUGAUUGGCUACUAAUUUGUCAAUGCUAGAUAAACGUUAUGCGUGUGUGAGAAACUGUGUGCACAAAAAUUAUUAUUAGAAAAUCGACACUGUGAUUGGUGGUAAAACGGCUGCAUGAAAAUCUCCAAAAUUACAACUGGUGAAUAACCUUUGUCUACUUUUUACAAAUAUGCUGAAGUUUUAGAAAUAUUAUCUGAUGUUGGGAGGUAUAGGGAAAAAUUCCUAGGGAGGCACACCAACCAAAUGCCAAAAUGACGCUUUCGCUGUAAUUUCCAUCCCACGCUCCAAAGACACAGAAGAUCGUUCUGUGGCAUUUAUGUGAACACUUCUAUUUAUGUCAAUCGACUUAUCUAAAUAUAUGCCAGAUUUUUACCAGACGUUUGUAUAAAACAUGUUUUCUUGCAGCUGAAAAAGGAUAUCUGGUUCAGUGCAGAGAAGAGUGGGCAAAAACACGAAACCCUGAUGCGGCUCUCAAAAAACUACCUGUUAAACGAUGCGUGGAAGGUCAGCUGCUUCGAGGACUUUCAAAGUACGGCCUUAAAAACAUAGUUUCAGCAUUUGGCAUAGUAAGUACAAUUUUAUUAAAGCAACACUCAAACAAGAUUUCAAUGGAAUUGUGACACUUUUAUAAAUUGACCUUAUUACGCUGCCCUGGCCAAUCAGAGAACCGGUCCUGUUACUUCAUUGUUGUUUAUCUCAGUGGAACUAUAUUAAAUAGGCAGCAAUUGCCAAGAGCACUAGCCUUGCAAAGACUUCACAUUGAGCUGCAUUGGGAAGUCUGUGAUCGGACAGCCACAGAAAGUCUUGGCGGGGGUUUGAAGGGGAGGGUUUGCAAAGGAUUCAGACAAGAGAAGUGCAGGUUUUACAAGCUGUUUUAGAUAUAUCUUCAUUGAAAAGGCAAAUAAUUAAAUCCAUGCAUGUUUUUAUUGUGGAUGUGUUUAGUAAAUCGUGAAAUCCUUCCCAAAAGAGUGGAAGAUGUGAUAGCAACAAAGGGGAGGACCAACUACAUAGUAAUGUCUAUCUAUUUAGCACGCGGAGUCAUAAAAGUCCCUGUUGGUGUAAUGGUCAGGUGUCCCAGUACUUAUGUCGAUAUAAUGUCUGUAUGUAUGUAUCUAUCAAUCUAUAUCCAUUAUUUUGUUCUUAGGGUAACCAGCUUUUCUUUGCUUUAGAUCCCUAGGAAUAACCGUUUAAUGUACAUACAUAGUUAUCAGAGCUAUGUGUGGAAUAACAUGGUGAGCAAGAGAAUAGAGGAGUAUGGGCUUAAAGUUGUUCCUGGGGACCUGGUACAGAAAGGAGGUAAGGUGUUAACAAACAAAUGACCAAAUACGUUGCAGAAUGGAUAUUUUUCUAGUGGUGGUUGCCAUCCUUUGCUAAGAAUUAAUAUUACAAAUGCACAGCACCAGUGAUGGCUAACUUAGGAGUUGCUUUUCAUAAAUAGCUACAUUGACCAUUUUGGAUACUUUAACCCCUUAAGGAUCCAUGACGGUUCAGGACCGUUAUCCGAACCAUCCCCUUGUGGACCGAUGACUAUCCAGAACCGUCAUAACGUUAUUAUUUAUUUACCUGAUCACCGUUGUUGCUCCCGGUGUGGGGGGAACUGCCAGCAAAUUAGGACCCUGCAGCCAUGUUAUCGCUCUAACAGAACGGUCACAUGGCCGCAAUAGGUGUCCAAGUAACUGCCUGCAGGGGGACUGCCUGGGCAGUCUCCCUGCAUGUCUAAAAUAAAAUAAAAAUAAAAAUGUUAAUUAAUAAAAUUAUAAUGUGUGUGUGUGUGUGUGUGUGAGAAACAAGGGGGAGGGGGGUUGACUGCACUCACCUGAACAUGCAUAAAUGGGGGUGUUGUUGGGGGCCAAAUUAUACAAUACACAAGAUCUAGCGCACUCACCUAUCCACUAAACCGCAACUUCAGUGUUGAAAGAUUUUUUUUAAUUUUUUUUUUAAAACACCUUGUACUGCAGAGAGCCCCAGAUGGAAUUUUUUCCCCAAGUAAGUGGGUUAAUCUCAUAAGAGCAGACAUUAGGCUGUUAGUGUAGGACCUGCCAAAGAUGGGGUACAUUGACAUUGUGGCAGGCUUAUGAAAUGUAUGAUCAUAUAAUGUAACUAAGCCCCCAUUAUUUUUGCCUAGAUUAGGUGUUUUUAAAAAAAACUAAAUCUUUCAACAUUGAAGUUGCUGUUUAGUGGAUAGGUGAGUGCGCUGGAUCUUGUGUAAUAUAUAUGUGUAUGUGUAAAAUAAAAUAAAAUAUAUAUAUAUAUAUAUAUAUAUAUAUAUGUCAUACCAAGUGUAUUUUUAAUUACUAUAUACAUAUAUUAACAUAAAAAUACACUCAGAAUUAGAAUUAAAUUACACACGUGUGUGUGUGUGUGUGUGUGUGUGUGUGUAUAUAUAUAUAUAGUAAAAAUAAUUUAAAAAAAAUUAUAUAUAUGAAAUUUUAUUCUAACUGUAUUUUGAUAUUAAUAUAUUUAUAUCAAAAUACACUUGUUGUAAAUAAUAUAUAUAUAUAUAUAUAUGUGUGUAUAUAUAUAUAAUACGAAAUAUAUAUCCAUAUACAAAAUUCCAUAAAUAAUUUCAUAAAUCUACACGUAGACUUCAAAUAUAUAAAUACACUGGCCAAAAUUAACGUUCAUAAUUGUUUUUUUUACAUUUUUAACACACAAACAAAUAUAAAUGCUAACUUUGACCAGUAUUUGUGAUUAAAGUCUAGACAUACCCCAUAUUGAAUACCCUGUGUUGUCUACUUUAAAAAAAAAAAAUAUAUAUAUAUAUAUAUAUAUAUAUAUAUAUAUAUAUAUAUAUAUGAUUCAGAGAUUUAUGACAGAUAAUAGUGUUACAAUGUCACUAUUGAUACAUUUUAAAAUUUUUUCCUAUUUGUACUUAUAGUCCUAUAACUUGCAAAAAAGCAUGUAAACACUGGGUGUUUUAAAACUCAGGACAAAAUUUUGAAUCUAUUUAGCAGUUUUCAUUAGCUUUUGUAGAUAAGUAAAAGAUUUUUCAAGUAAAAGUCAAAAGCCAUGUUUGUUUUUUUUCAAUUUUUCACCAUAUUUGUUUGUUUAAAGGAAAUUAUAUGACAUGAUAGAAAUAAUGGUAUGUAAAGGAAUCCUUUUUUGUCCUGAAAAAAACAAUAUAUGUGUGGGAACAGUAAAUGAGAGAGCGGAAAAUUACAGCUAAACACAACCACCACAAAAGUGUUAAAACAGCCCUGGUCCUUAACGUACAGCAUGGCCAAAAUAGUCCGGUCCUGAAGUAAUAUCUACUUUUUUUUAAUUUAUUUUUUAUCAUAAACAUUUUGUUUUUAUGUCAGGCAAAACCUCUUGAAAUGAAAGAGGAGAUUGUUAUUAUUUAUUUACUUUAAAGCAUACAUUUUUUUUUCCUCCAAAAAUAUGCACAGGUAGCAUUUCCACUUACUAUUAAAACCAUGUCAGGGUAAAAAAAAACAAAAAAAGCUCAAACUAAUGGUUUAAAAAAAUCAGCAUCUCCAUGUCUGUUACUCUGGCUAGCAUUGUAAGCUCAGUAUAUUGAGUCAGUAAGGAUUUCUCCCCCUUCUUUUUGUGGCAUAUUUGGCCACAGCUUCAGAUUGUUUUUUUUUUUUGCCUAGUUUUGGAUCAACUGCAUACAAAGAUAGAUAGAUAGAUAGAUAGAUAGAUAUAUAGAUAUAUAUAUAUAUAUAUAUAUAUAUAUAUAUAAUUUUUUUUUUUUUUUUAAAGGUUAAACUCAAUGGGCUUGAGCCCUUUUUUGAACCAAGAUUACUAUGUAACUAUGUAUUGUCACAAUCCACGUUAGUGUUGUCUGUGCGACAAUAAAGAACACAAAACAUCACAUGAAGCAUCUGAGGACUUGGUUCUUUUUGUAUGUGCGCUUUAGUUGCCCACUGUGAUCUAAGCUGUCCCUGAUUGAAAUGUUUGUUGUAAGUACCGGGCAAGUUUUUAAAGUGGUCUCUGUGUUUUGAGGUGCAGGAUUUUUUUGGGAAUUUUUUUUUUUUUUUUCUUCCUUUAGCAAAUUUUUUUUAAUUUUUUUAAAAAAAAAUAAUGUUUUUUAAUAAGGAAUUUGUCUUUAUUUAAGGUUGCUUUGUGACAUGUAUGCCGGUACACUUUAAUACACGGAAAAUGUUACUGGUUUUAUGUUUGUAAUUUAAAGAAGAAGGUGAGAAAGUGAUCCUGUUACUUGUUCAUGCUAUUUCAUUUUAUUGGAAAAUUCAACAUGUAAGGUAAAAUAUGCACACACAGGCAAAUGCAACCAUACUUUGUGAAAUCAUGUUAAUUUGGGUAUUUGCCUUUUCAGCCUCUGUUGUUCCAUUAGAAGAGAGUGAUAUUGACAGCUAUUCCAUUAAUGAUGUUGUGAUGCCAUUGCCAGGCUUCGAUGUCAUCUACCCUAAGCACAAGAGUAAGUAUCAAAACCUUUUAAUAUCUUUGCAGAUGCCCUGAGCUUAAAAUAAGAUAGCCUUACCUAUUCCUCAUCCUUUUUUAGGUAUUGGCAAAAAGGGAUACUCAGUAUAUUGGUUUUCCUCUACAAUAACCACCAGACCAAUGUUAUUUGAAAGGAAAACUAUAUCUGCCCAUAAAUUGCCCCUAAGUUUUAAGGUUUUUGUAGUAGCACACCCUACAAUUAGUACUGCUCCCCAUGUGUUUACUGUGCAUUGACUUGGUGUUCAUAUUUUCUUUCAUCUUUUAGUUGCUGCUGCAUAUGAGGAAAUGCUUGCUGCUGACAAUCUCGAUAUCAAAAAUAUGAGACAUAAAAUAAAAGAUUAUUCUUUAGCUGGAGCCUACAGAAAGAUGGUCAUCCGACCACAAGAUGUCAGCUGGUACAUAUUUUUAUAUGACUAAAUCUGUGCUAUAGAGACCACAAUGAUCUAAUCUCAUAUAAGUGUAAAAGAUAUUGAAUGGUGCUUUACCUUUUGUUUCUGUGAUAGAAGUGAAAGUUAAAUAGUUUAGUGUCCCUUUAAAGGAAUGUUUAAAGGGAUUUCUUUAUGUAUAUGAUCGUAUUCCUCUUGAUGAUCUAUAGCCUGUUAAAGACCACUAGUAUAUGUAACAAUAUUAAAGGUGUGAGAAGUGUACUUGAAGAUUUGGCUGCAGAAAAUAGUACAUAUACAUCAGAUGUCCCUGUAUUUGUCAUUAGUACCAGUAGAUCACCAGAUAUUUCCUUGGUACUAGAAAAAUCACUUUUAGGCAUUUUCGAUGUCCAAAAUCACUCAUUGCAACCGUGAUGCCUCACUAUAUCCCCUGUUUUUAAUAUACCCUCUAUAUUGAAAGUCUUGUAGGCCAUUUGUCCUACUAGAAUAUAUAAAGUUAUUAUUGGAAAAAUAUAUGCCCCCUCCUUUCUUUGUACAGGGAACUGGUUGCGUAUGAUGACCCUAAAAUACCUCUAGUCACAACAGAUGUGGAGAAGCUGGAAGGAAAGCCACUGCCAGAAUAUAAAAAAGGUAAAUGUACUCUAUUUUAAAGUUUAUUUAAUUUUACUGAUCAAUAAUGUAAUAUGCAGUAUGUCUUCAUAGAACAGUGAUUUUUCAUCUUUUAAAUCUGCUGGUUAAUGAUCUGUUAAGAUAACUAUUCACUGACUUAGGCACAAUUUAUGAAUGAUCAGUUUUUGCCUAUUGCAUUUUAGAUUUGUGUCAAGUAUCGCUAAAUGGAAAUUGCGCCUUUUAGUUUUUUUUUGUUUUUUUUAUUCUUUCUUUUUCGUCCAUAGAAUAUACAGGUAACAUUUUUCUAGCAAUGCCACAACAGCGAUCGCCAGGAAUUUAGUAGACUUGUAAAUACAAUUGUAUGGCAUGAAUAACUGUGCACAUUUUUUAUAUAUGUAUGAGGAGAGUGGUUAGUAGUAUAGCGCAGUUCUAGCGUGAGUAUGAGAAACUAUGUUUAGCUAGGGCUAGUGUGCGUAAUGACCACCAGGUUAGAUUCUUGUUAGGUAUAAACAUGCUAUCACUAGGGGGUUAACAGUCUGAUUGCUAUCGGCACAGGCUGAUCAAUAGAAUAACAUACAUAGGAGAAAAUAGGAAAAAACAAUGUCCGCUUAAGUGCUUGUCUUUACACGAGUGUCCGUUUAUCAGUUGGUACUCAAGUGUAUCAUGAGUGUCUCUGCGGUCGCUUAGCCGAUACCAAGAGGUGGGAGGCUGCAUAUGUAUAAUAGCCAGAGUCCCUGUAGCCUUGUGUGGGGGCCCUGCCCAACUUGGGUGCUGAUGCGCUCCUGCGUCUCACCGCCCAGGCUCUACGCCUUUUAGUUUUAAUGUGUGAUUAUUAGAAUUUCCACCUGGAUUGCCAGAUCUGUGUAUUUGCUAAAGUCAAAUGAAAAUGGGACUGCUUAGCCCACGUUUUACCUAUUUAGAGAUAUUCAUAUUCUUUUGUUGUGAACUGCAUUUGAGUGGAGCGAUUUAUUUAGCAAUCCAAGGUGAACUGCACACUUUAUUUUUAAAUAAAAAAUAUUUAGAAACUCUACAUCAAGGGGGCUUUAAAGGUAGAUCCCCAGAUGUUUUAAAACUACAACUUCCAUGAUGUCUUGUCUGUCAUUCUAAAGGCUUGCAAAGACAUGAAAAGCAUCAUGGGAGUUGUAGUUCUACGAAAUCUGGAGAUCUACCUUUUGGGUACCCCUGCUCUUCAUGCUAAAUAGUUGUAGCUUCAGAUCCCCUGUCUCUCACUCCUUACACUUGUUACCAUUUAUGUCCAGGUCUCUUCCCUUCUGAAUACUCUGUUCCCUUGGUUGCCCACCCAGCCUCAGUCCUCGCUGUGGUCUUUGUAACUAUCCCCACAUCACUUGGUUUCUUUCUCUCUUUAACCCCUUAAGGACACAUGACAUGUGUGACAUGUUAUGAUUCCCUUUUAUUCCAGAAGUUUGGUCCUUAAGGGGUUAAAGGUCUUUACGUCCCUCAUUUCCUUUGCACUUAAAUCGCUAUUUGCAGCCUUACUUCAUUGUGUAUCUGAAAGGAUGAUAUAAUCAUUGAUGUUCAUUGAGUGCUAGACACCAACUAUGUCUGUCCAUGAAGGCAGCCUCGAGUUCUGCGUUGUAGUCCUACACACCUAUUUCAUUUAAGAAUUCUUGCAAGUGAAUACUUUUUUGAUCUGAUUUGUACAAACUGUAUUGUUUCUGUAUGUUACAGAUGGAAAGUAUCGAGCACUGAAGAUGGAAUUCUCCUUGCCUCCCUCUACCUAUGCUACCAUGGCCAUCCGAGAAGUACUUAAAAUGGAUACCAGCAUCAAGAACCAGACUCAGCUGAACACUGUGUGGCUGCGUUGAGAAUCUUCUAUAACCUCUGUCAUCAGUUUUAACAGUUUUUUUUGGUUUGUUUUUUUGUGUAUCAAAUGGAUUGUUUUAUCAUAUGGUGAAAAUACAUCUGCCUUUUAUCAUAAGUAGAAAGGGUAUAUUGUACAAAUGUAAGUAUUGUGUAAGUUUUGCAAAAUUGGUGUUAUGAGAGAUUUGUUAAUUAAAAAUAUGUAAAUGUCUUCCCAUCUAAUGAGAGGCAUAUUCACUGUUUCAUGUCAUAUGGUUCCAUAGAUUUUUGGAUACUGUCCUUAAUUAAAUCUCUAUUCAAAGGACAUACUCGGUGAUUGCUUACAAAAUAAAAUACAAUACAAUGGUUGUGAGUGUGGGCUUAAACGGGGGAGUUUGUUAAGUAAACCCAGAAUUUGGAAUCAAUGAACUGAAAACUGAAUUGCAAAAUUUAGAAGAAAAAAAAAGUGCUUAUUUGGAAAAAUGUAUCCAAUGCUGCUUUAGUCAAUGCUUGACUGAUUUAACUUCUGUUUUGUAAUGUUGGUUUUCAGUUCACUCCAAUUCGGUGUUUUUAGUGAAUAAACACCAAUAUAUAGCCAAUCUUUAAAUGAAAUUGGGUAAAAUACAGUGGUUUCUGGAAGAGAAUCAUUUAAGGGAAUGUUCUGUAUGGAACAAUAUAUCACAUGCAUGCUAGUAAUAAUAGGACCAGUAGCAGAAUAGGCCAAAGGUCUGAGAAAUGUGGAUAUGUAUAAUUUGAGCUAGUUUGCCAUUUAGUUCCACAUGUCGAUUUCGAUUCUCUCAGAAAUGUUAUGUGGUUUCUACAGAGUCAACAUCUGAGCAUGAGCCAAUAGUUAUAUAGGUGUGUGCUUCCAAAAUAUAUUCAUAUUGCUACAAGUUAUGGCUUGAAAAGACCCCUUCAUAUUAUAUUUUAUAAUUUACCUAUAUCUAUAAUAGUUUUCCGACUGUGCCAAAUCACAUGUGAAGAGGGGGGGUGUUAGAUCACAUAUUGUCCCACCCCUGAGCAGCAUUCCAAAUUGGUUUGCUGACCAUAAUUAGUUUGUUCUGUUGAAGUAUUGGAAAUAAAUAAUUACAUUUGUAACCAUGGUAAAGUCCAGUAAACGAGCUUAUAUGAUGUUUGCAAUUAAUAGAAGCGCUUUAGUGCUCCCAUAAUAAAGUUUGGGGGGGGGAGUAUUCACGUAAAAUCCCUGUGAAGAGGCAUCUUGUUUUUUUAGAGUGCCUCUUCUUGCUUUAGUUCUGUUGCUUAUUUUAAAUGAACCAGAUAACAUUUCAUGCAGUAGGUCCUUAUUACACAAACUAAUUUAAUGUCAUGUGGAAAAUUGAACUGGCUGCUUCAUUUAACUUUGCCGUGCCUUAUUUUACGAGUUCAUACACAUUAAAGGAACACUUCAAGCAUCACAACCACUUCUGUCAGAAGUGCUCUGGUCCCUACCCAGGGUAUGUAGUUGAUUUGAGAAUUUACCCAGGUAAAAGUCAGGCACCUGUCACUGCCUCUUACAAUGAGUUCCAUUAGCUCCACCAAGCUUUGUGGCAUUCUGUACUUACCCUUCGAAGGCACAAUGACACUCCUGGCACACUAGACACUACAGUGGCUGUACAGGUUAUGUUGCUUCGAGUGUUCCUUUAAGAGUUGUAGGACAUGCAUUUUUGGCAGUAGUUCAGUCUCACAUAUUUCUUUAAAUAUAAUAGUUGUUUAAAACAACCAAAAACUAAAUACACAGUGAUUUAAGAUGAAUUGGUUUAAGUAUUAAUUUGUUGAUUCUCAUGCCUCAUAAAACAAUCAAUCUGAAAGAUGCAUGGCCCUCAAUCCUUUAGGCACAAAGUGACACUUAAGGACCAGUGACAUUCAAUAUUGUUUUUUUAAUUCAUUUUUUUUUUUUUUUUUUAAGAAACCUGGUAACCGAGAAUUAUCUGCUCCAAUAUCAUGGGCUGUAUAAAAUCCCUAAAUGUCAAACUAGAAAGACAUACCAUGCAGACAAAAGAUCUAUAGUGAAUAGAUUAUGUAACACUUGGUUGUUAAGGUGUUAAACUAUGCUUCUCUGAUACUCAGGUGGUUAUGUUCUGGAUGAAUGACUGUUAGUUUUAUUUCAACAUGAGAGAAUGUGAAUACGUAUCAGAAUGUGGACAUUGAAAUUACUUGUGCAUUGAGUAUCGGUUUCUUUGUAUAUAUAUUUUUUACAGUGUAUGAGAAAACAAAUUGAACUGGUUGACGGUUUUUACUACAACUAUAACUUUUUUUUUUUCUUAACCGCAUAAAACCAGGGCACAUUCUAUCAAUAACCAGUAUUUUAUUUCAAAGUCAUUCUGAGAUAAAGUUUUGAUGCAACUUUUUUUUUUUUCCUGUAUAUAUUUUUAAAUCUGUUAAAAAAGCAAUUUUUGUUAAUAAACGUGUGUGACUAUAA